AUGACAAUGAGAUUUGCCAGCACCGCGACCGCACCCACAUCAACGAUUGUAUGGGCAACCCUCUUUACCUCCGUCCUUCAAAGCGUCAAGGGUUGCUUCAACCUUCCUUCGGCCGUAUGUCCAGACGUGCGAGACAUUGGGCGUAUGUGAGAGCUAGUUAGGAGCGGUUGCCACCCGUUUGCAGUCACAACGACAGCCAACAAGUAAAACUUUACUGCCAGAUUAUGUCAUAUUGGUCAUGAAUAUUAAUCAUGCAGGAACGGCCGCGGCGACGGCGACGGCGCGAAUACGACCUUAAGUCGGAGAACGUACCGACAGUGAGGGUCCUUUGUGACGCGACCACGGGGUACGUAAAACUCGGAGAUUUGUUGGGCCAGUCUUCAGCCUGCUAUACAGUGCAGUAUCAUUUAGCUAAAUAAAUCAUGCUCAUCAGGUUUUGCAGGGACCGUUCCACUCCACUGGAUUUUAUUCAGUAAGGAAAAAGUUCCAAGCAAAUGCCUCCAAAAUGUGUUAACUACAUCAAUGUCAGUACGCACCAGGGGGUUGCAUCAGUUCCAUAAAACGGGAGGCCACUUUCUUGGGAACGACUUUGCUAUGCCUGUAAAUGCGGCGUUUUCUCGCCCUUCCAUUUCCUAUUUUUCAUUAUUGUGUCUGAUAAUUAAGCGGAAUCCUCCCAGCCAGAUUGGUUGAGCGUUAGAGUUGAGGUUAAAGAGUCAAAUAGAAUUGGACUCAGGGAAUUAACGCCAUCCCUGAACCGGCUGAACUGGAGUAGUAUGUGUUUUCUGCACAAAUUUGUUUCAGCCCCCUCGCAAUACUACUUAAAUGACGAAACGCACGCCUUAUAGAUUUUUUUUGCUGCUUUUUGAGGCAACUGCGGAGAUUUCGGUCAAUCCGCUGGCCUCUCGGUCCUCCUAAUGUGGUUCUCGGCAAAACUGUAAAUUCAAAGAUCUCUCUUGUCUCAAAACAACCGCCAUCAGGUCGUAUCAACUUCGGCAUCCGAAAACUGGUCAGAAGUUUUCUGCCACACCAGUUGACCGACCGACCUGUAUUGCAUCCGAGUCCUCCUCGUUUAUGUGAAGACCUGGACGUUUGUUUGCGAACCAGUUGUGUGUGUGACACGUGCAGGCUGUCUGUUUAGCCGCCUCCAAUUUUCUUUUUCCUGUCUGAGCUGUUUUGGAUGCGAAAGGGGGGUGGCGCAAUAGAUGCAGUGCAAGUCUGCGCAAGUCACUGUCCCUGCGCCCGUCACACCGGGGGGCACACGCUGGACAUCAAUAUUUGCCACGGCCGAACGGUCAUACGAUAAGAGGAUACAUCAGUUUCGUAAAAAGGGCUGAAUGCCCUUUGGAACCAAUUCUGGCCUAGAGGGCUACCAACUGACGGGAUCGCUCAGUCCUCUCAAGAUGAAGAGGCAGGACACUACGACUUCUUUUUAGUAUGGUCUCUGCAGCACUCCCACUUAGGCAGAAUGUUUUUUUUCGACAAGGAAAAGGGAGGCGUUGCACUUCUAACCAGCAUGUCGCAGUCGCGCGUUGGUUAGAAGUCCAAUGCCUCCCUUGUCAUUGUCGAGAAUAACAUUCUGCCUAUAUCAUGCCCCACUGUGCGGCUACUGGUUAGGCUCGAGAGAAAGUGCCCAUAAAGCGCAACGGGACGAGCGAGGUCCGUAAAAAAACGGUCGGUGAGCGCCCCCCUACCACCCCCACUUACCGUGCGUGACCUAUCUCAUGAAAUGUUGGCCGAAAUUCUGAAAUGUGUCUUCGAUCAGGAAGUAUUACUUAGGUGAGCUAGUAGCAUUGAUUAGCAUGCAGCACAAUGUUAUAGCAUUUCGGACUCACCAGGAUAUCGGCUUUUGGAAGUACUUCUUUCUGACCUUCUGCAGGAACCGAGAUCUGUAUAAAAUGACUAUUUAAUUAGCACGAAUUUUUCGUAUUGAUUUUCGGUGGUCUUGCCAAUUCAAAUAUAUUUUAUAGAAAACGUGCACACAAAUAGGCCUUAUUUUACGUGUUCGGUAGAAAAUCACACUGUCUUCAUACCUUACAGAUGAAAAAAGUGCAUAUUUAGGUUUCAAAAACUUUCUAAUUAUGAGCUUUUCAAGACCGUGCGAUGCCCAUCUGUGCAACAUCGUACAUAUCAGUUUACGAAGCCUUCCCAGGAAAUGUACAACACAGUCCGGAUCCAUUGCAAAAUUUUACAAACUCUAUAUGAUAUAUUUCUAAAAGCAAAGAGGAAUAUAUGAUUUUCCUUUCGUGGAAAGCGUGCACCUUGCAAACUGAAAUCGCUAAACGCUAAUGCAGUGGCAGAUCUGGCUCAAAAUUAUUCGGGAAUUAGAAAACUUUUUUUAAACCAAAAUAUACACUUUCCUUGGGCGUAAAAUGUAAAAACAAUGAGAUUUUCUACCCAGAUGAGUAAAAGAUGGCCUAUUUUUGUACACAUUUUCUAUAAAAUAUAUUUAAAUUUUUAAGGGCAUCAACAAUCCAUGGGAGAAAUGCAUGCUACUUAAGAAAUCAUUUUGUGCGGAGUACGGUUUCUAUGGGAGAUUGAAAAUCAGCGUAUACUAAAGCUGGCAUCCUGCCGAGUCCGAAAUAUCGAAAGAUUAUGCUGCGUGCUAAUCAAUAUUACAGCCCCACCGAAGCAACCCUUCCUAAGCGAAAUCACAUUUAAGAAUUUCGGCCCGAGUCCUCCCUGUUUGUGUGAAGUCCCGGGCCAUGCGUGUAUGGCAUGCGUAGAAGGUCUGUUUAGCCUUGCCAGUCAGUGUGCUGGAUCCCACCUCCAAGCUUCUUUUCUCUCUCUCUCUCUCUCUCUCUCUCUCUCUCUCUCCUGACAUUAGAUCCUUGUAGGCGAGGAAGGAGAGGACGAAAUAGAUGCAACGCAAGUCUUCGACCACUAAAAACGGAAUCAUGCUAUGGAGGACACGGCGGAGGUCAUCAUCCGCAACGGCCGAAGCGUCAUACGGUAGGGGGAUCCAUCGAUCACGUAAAGAGGGCCGGACACUUCUCGGGAUCAACUUUACUGAGUGGAUAAUUGCGGUGUUUUUUUUUCACCCUUUUGCAUUGCUAUUUUGAUUUUUUCAUCUUUCGAAUAAAUCAAAAGUCUAAAAAGUUCCUCUAAAAGCAAACAAGACAUCCAGUGGCUCUCUCAUGGAAUCCGAAAAUCACCAGUGAAAGUUUUACUAGCGACGAUUUUAAAAUGAAAAACCUAGUUUUCUCAUUCUGCUGGCAAACAUAUAAGUAGUACUGUCUGAAGCCGUUGUGUUGGAUUGGAACUAGUGACUUGGCAGACUGCCAAAAUGCAGCGGAUCCUUCACGACGUGGUUUUUAUGGCUCCCGCCAGGUUUCUGCGAUCUGGAUCUGUGUGUGUGUGGCACGCUUUAGUCAGCGGUUUCGGGUUGCGUCAGCCGUGCCGGUUCGGUUUGACUCAUGCUUCGGGGGAGAGGGUGUUUCGAAGGAGCCAGUGAGGUUAAUUCAUCUCAGACUCCAAAGGUAGCCUUGCUACUACAAGCAGCUAUGCGCACUUUGGAAGCCUUGACGCCCUGUGAAUCAUGCUUUGAAAAGUUGCCAACAGGCUGGGUAAUUCUGCUCUGCUCUGCUCGGGGCUGGGACUCAAACCGCAAUGCACCUCAUGAAUACAGCUUCUGUUAUACCUCCAAGACCUAUCACCUUCUUUAACUUCUGGUUGCCAUGGAGAUAGGGAGAAGCACGGGCGAGGUACGCUUAGAAGUAACUUCAACCUCGACAUAAGCUACAUCCAUGUCCCGCGUCGGUCGUCAGGACUUCGUCCUCCCACCGGAAUGUGUUCGAUGUGGGAAGAGAGGAGGAGGUAGGCGCUGCGAAAAACUGCUUCUCGCGCGAGCCAACAUUGUGCCAUGUCAAGGACCUUGGCGAGACUCGUUGUCUGUCAGUGGCAAGGUGUCGGUCGGGCUACGAAGUGGCGGGGAGAAAUGUCAAGGACGCAUUCUGUUCGUGCUGAUUUUAUAUAGAGAGCCUAUGCAUCAAUUAACUAAACACACUUUUAUUGAGAGUAAAAAUUUUUGCAUUACGCAGAUGCCCAAAACACCCGGGCAGAAUGGAAUGCUGACAAAGUGCAAGGAAGACGAGAGUGGCCGUUUCUGCCCCAUUAGAUCUCAUCAGACAGCCCCACCCACUCCCAGAUUUGCGGCACCUGACCCAACAUUCUGCCAUUGAGCCACUGGGCAGACCUCCUGUAAGCGAAUAUUAAUUUUGGUGAAGAGGCGUUCACCUAGCAGGUUACUAGACGUGUUCGUCUCCUUGUGGCUUGGGGCCCAAUCUAGAGAAAUCGCAGGUGGUCGUUUGUCCAGAAGUAGUGAUACAAGACGGGGAAUCUCGUAGCCUUAGUCGCGGACACCUCUCUAUUAUUAAAAUUUUGCCAAAACUGGAGCAUUGACUUGUUUUAGAUAAAGACUUAAUAUGUCACAAUGAUAAAAAGAGGAAGUGUUGUGCACACUUAUCGAAAAAGAUUGCCCUCAAGACAGAAGAACAGGAACCAUUUCGUGAUUCGGGUAAUCGAAAUUCAAGGAGGGGUGCCUACGGCCGCGUCCUAACUCGAACCUUAACUUAAAAAGAACCUUAACUCUAAUCCUGGGCAUGACCUUUACUCUAACCCUUAUCUCCCUGGUCACCUAUAUUACGGCGGAGUUCCUGCUCCCGUGUGUUGCCAUAUUUUCUAACUAGCUCAGCUCCCCAAAAUUAAUGGAACAAAUGCGCACUACUUUAGUAGCAAUAGACUCGCGGGCGCGACUUAUCCAGGUGCCUGCGAAGAUGCCCAGCCAAAGACCAGCUUGCUGUCCCACUGGACCUCAUCUGAUUUGAUUUGUCAAUCUCCUUCGCUCCCCCUCACCCCCCCCCCCAGAAACCAGAACUACUUAUUGACCAGAUGACACUGGCAAACCCACAUGCCGUGCAGAAUUCCAUCUGCGUCAUGGAAAGGUAGUAUUUCAUCAGGCAAUCUUUUAAGUCUUCGGUAUUCCCUUUCGCCGGCAUUAUUAUUUAAGAUGUCAAGUCCGGCAAACGUCCGCUUUCGAUUAUUCGUCACUGGGCCUGUAUAAUAAUAUAAGUGGGGAUAAGGUAGCAAAAGUCAAACAGCCAAUAAACAGCAGGUGCGGGGGAGAGGGUUGAGGGCACUCCUAGUCCAGUUCUGUCCCCAAGGAUAUGAGGAAUGCGUGUUACUUACUGGGUGGUGCCUUUCAGUCGCUGACCGACUGCUUAUCAAACCUUUGUUGGGUGAUGGCGCAGACAAAUGCAGGGCUGUGCGUCAUUCUUCUGGGCCUCAGGGUUUGCGAGCGUCUGCGAUGUCAUGGUUCAGCAAACCACUGGCCUUGCAGCCCAGUGUGCGCCGGCAGUUCUCCGGUAUUCAUGGUUCCCUGCCGCUAGAUGCGCUUGUGCUCCCGCUGUUGUUGUUGGUCGAAAUCCUAGUCAAGCGUUUGCUAUGGUCUAGGGAGUGUAGAAUGGAUCGCCAAGGUGCGGGUUCGGCCGCGCCGCCCACCUGCGCCCUCCCCCACCUCCGGUCUUAUUGACCCCGCCUUGACGCCAGGCUCAGGUGGGGGUGGGGUAGAGAGUGCGGUAGAUGGUGCUUAAGCUCACAUUAACUAAAUCAAGUGCAAGUCAUCGUGUCUGCUUCGCCUUGCACACGGUAGACACCGUCGGAUGCGACUGCCGAAUUAUCAUGUCUCUGCUUCGUCGUCGCAAUACGACCUGGCAGGUGUGCUGAGUUAGCCUUAGCGUGUUUGUACAAACGCACAAGGCUGAAUUGACUAAUUGUAUGACCGGUGUCUCUGUCGUCACAGGUGUUAGCUGACGCAGGAACUUAGAGUGUCUCGCUGGCAAUUCACAGAUGACCAUGGUCAACCAAAUGAGCCACAAUUUCGUCUUCAUGUUGUCCUUUGUGCAGUUUGCAAAUAAAAAUACAGUGAAGCAUACAGUGAGUGACCUAUCUCAUGAAAUGUUGGCUGAAAUUCUGAAAUGCGUUUUCGAUUAGGAAGGAUUACUUUACAGCGGUUGUAAUACUGACUAUCUUGCGGCAUACUCUUAUAACAUUUCGGACUCGGCAGGAUGUCGGCUUUUAAAUGCACUUCUUUUCAAUCUCCUAUAGAAAGCGUGCUCGGUAAAAAAAUGACUUCUUAAAUGGUAUGCAUUUUUCCCACUAAUUUUUGGUGGUCUUGGAAAUUCAAAUAUAUUUUAUAGAAACCGUAAACAAAAAUAGGCUUUCUUUUAGUCAGUCAAUAGAAAAUCAUGUUUUCUUAAUAUUUUAUACUUAAGAAAGGAGUAUAAUUAGGUUUUAAAAAAGUUUUCAAAUUGCCGAAAAAAUUGGAGCCUGAUCAUUCGUUGCAUUAGCGCUUAGUAAUUUAAUUCUGCAAGGUGCAUGCGUUCCGCGUAAAGAAAAUCACAUAUUUUUCUAUGCUAUUAAAGAGAUAUCGUACAGAGUCCAUAAAAUAUUGCAAUGGAUGUGAACCAUGUUGCACAUCUCAUGAGGAGCAGUGGUAAACGGCCAGAUAGGAUGCUAUGUGAAUUGACGUUUCGCGGUCUUAAAAAGUCUCAUAAUUAGAAACUUUUUUAAAACCUAAUUAUAAUACUUCCUUAAGUAUAAAAUAUAAAGGAGACGUGAUUCUCUAUUGAUUGACUACAAGAAAGCAUAUUUUUGUUUAUGGUUUCUAUAAAAUAUAUUUGCAUUUACAAGACCAUCGAAAAUCAAUGGGAAAAAUGCAUGCUAAUAAAGUAGUCAUUUUUUACCGAUUACGCCUUCUACAAGAGAUUGAAAAGAAGUGCAUUUAAAAGCUGACAUCCCGCCGAGUCCGAAAUGUUAUAAGAGUAUGAUCAUUCUAUUAUUUUUAAUGUGCGACAUGCAGAUAAAUGCCGUAUUUAUUCACACUGGCUACCACUGAUUAGAGUAUGGGCUGUACAUCAGCAUGCGGAAGAUGUUGGUAAUGUGUCAGCCAUUCCGGCUAGUGAAUGCGGCGAACUUAUGGGAAAUGUCAGUGAAAUUAGCCACACAGCUGUGAGAAACUGUACCUCCCUGGAACUUCAAGAGCGGUGAUGAAUCGGUAGCGUGAACUCUACAGUCUGUCGGGUCUGCGGUGGGUAGAAUGCUCAGUCCACAAUCGUCGCUGCAAGAAACUGGGAAGGUACAGAAUUUGUAACCCUGACGGCAGAGGCGUGGAUAACUUGCAAUGGUAACAGGGAAGAAAACGGAGUUGGCCACGGAAAUAUGGAGCCUCUCUCACCUACUACAGAUGACCUUACUCCGAAUUUAAGGAGGGAUAAGAGUUCGGGUUGGAGUAAGUGUUAGAACUCGGGAAUAGGGAUUUGCAUGGAAUUUACCGCUAGGCCACACGUAGUACGGGGAGAAGUCUAUUUUCCCGUGCCCAACACGGUUUCAGAAGGGUUUUGCUGGAAAAAAAACAGUAUGGUCCCCGCAUUGCAGUUCGCCCUGCUAUAAAUUCUAGGCGGUUAGCGCUAGGGUUACGGAAAGGAGGGUUAGAAUCAAGGUUAGGACAAAUGUUAAGGCAUAGGAGUAGUAAGUUCCCUGGGAUUUAGCGGGAGGUCACCUGUAGUUCUGGGGUAGGGGGUUCAUAUCCCCGAGUCCGACCGAAAACUGAAUCACCACCGUCCAGACAACCUCUAAAAAUAUUGAAAGCGAAGUGGGAGGAGACGGUUCCGGACACGGAAAACCUGGAAUCAAAGGUAGUACUCAGUACCUGUCCUGUGCGGAGACGCGUUUACCUGCAAAAAUAGCUACGACAUACGUCUACUUAAGCAAUUACUCUUCAGUGACGUCGACGUGUGUGCAUGUAGGAUUUCGAAUGGCGUAUGGGUUAAGUAAAGUCAGGCAGUCAGUAAAUACUUAUCUCUGAAAACAAUCCUACAGUUUUCGAGGAAAGAUUGCCAGAUCAAGUCGGGUAUGGUUCGGAAGGACAACAGUUGGGUUUUUCGCCGGGCAUCUUCCCAGCCACCUGUAAAAAUCGCACUCUCGAGUUUACUGCCAUUUUUAGCAGUAUGCGUCUGUUUCAUCGAUUUUCAAGGCUUACGGAGGUCAGAUAAUAUUUUAUGGAAAGUAUGCACAUCAAGCUUGUUUCUCCCUGUUGUUUCUGUGGCAUAUUAGCCUUAGAACUUUGUCUAAAACAAGACAGUCUUCUUUCAGACCUUCCAUAGAAGGCGCACUUUAUUUUUAGCUAGUUUUGGUGGAAUCAAAAUAAACCCAACAACACCUACUUCAUAAAAUGUCAAGCGGGCGAAACUUGUUUUUAAGGUUUUGGUUUUGCUGUUUAUACUUGUCCUCUUAUGUCCUUGUUAAAGUUGGUCUGUUUUUGAAAUUUUGAGCAGGCCAGUUUGGCAUUUUCAGCUGUCGGUUGCAACAAUUGUUGCACUGGGAGUUUUAGCUGCUAAAACUUUUCGAAAACCAAAUCCUUGCAACACAAAGUGGCUUCGGAAAGAAAAUUAGUUGAAAAAAUGCAUGUGUUUGUUGCCAGCGAAAAGGCUGCCUAUUUUCCACUGGCUCCAGAAAGACCGUUAAAUAUAAGAGACUUUCGAUCUGUCGACAGUUACAACUCUCAAGAUUAAUUUGCAGUUUCUGCAUUGGAAGUAAGCACCAGCUGCAUCGUCUAAAUUCUAGAGAAACUUCAAGGUCAUCUUUCAAGGUCACACAGUUGGCUGUCUCGUCGGCUUCGCGUUUGCUAUUUACAGAGGGCAGUGUUGGAAAUGUAGAACAGCCGUUUUUAUAUAAUUCUGCCUACAAGAGGGAAAAGGUACGUGUUAUUUAACGUGAAGAUUUUUCAAUGACAGAGAGAGACACUCAAAAGUCUUUUUUCUGCGAGCAUGAGCUGGAGUGUUAGCCAGUUUUAUCACAGAACUACACGUCGACGUGGCCAGUCAGAAGUGUCUCAGUUGUAGCUACGGAUGUCCCUAAAAAUAGCAUGAACAAAAUGUUUCAUUUUAGUGUUUCCUUAUGAGGGUUUGUGUAAAUUUUAUCAAAGACGGAAUCGCCUUACGCCACAAAAACUACGAUUCUCUAUAACGACACGUUCAAGCAAAUCAAGGACCAUUUAAUAAUAUAUUUUAAGUGCGGUUUUGAGAGUACUGAUCUACUUUUGGGUUCAUUAACUUUGAUGAUCCAACAAAGGGAGAGAAGGCUUUCGUUCGUAGACGUCUAUCACUGGACUUACUCUUCAGAAUAUAAAACGGUAAGUUUUGAAUCCUGGAUCUGGUUUUGUUGAGAAACAGUAUACCACCCACUAGUCAAUUUCGCUGGUUUUUACAAACCGCCAUACCAAACCAUCCUAUUAACAACACAAGUCACUUUUAAUUUAUCAUUACAUACCAAUAGUUGCUAAUAGGAAUUUUCCACAUGAAUUUCAGUGGAGCGUUUUUAGUUUCAAUAAACUAAAAAUGUGUAAUAGAUAUACACGGUUUCGUACACUUCACUAGCGUUAUUCUUCAGCACCUAUGAUUGGAAAUUGUUCUACGAGCAUUACCAAACUCGAUUCAUACUGACAUAGCAUUGUGUCCCAGUUCAUGACGAGCGUUAGAAAGACUGACGACAAAAUUCCCUGAGCAUAUUUGACAAGUUGCUAAGAAAAUUGACUGUCAUCUGGGCUUUUCAUUGCGGAUGUUUCGUUCAGUAAGCGGUCAUUUAUGGUUUGUCGGUCGAAAAUUGGUUCGGUCUACUCUAAGACCGUAUCACAUGACGUAAACCGUCAAAAGUACAAAAAUUCUCACCAAAGCUCAUUAUGUUAUGCAAUCAGUGGGUAGACUUUUUGUUACCGCGACCGGAAAGAAAUGAGGGGUGAUAGGGCCUCAGCACUUGCAACCAGCGUUUAGAACACAAUAGUCGAGUUGACGGAGAAUAUCCCAAAUGGGCGUUGUCGAGUAUUUGGGUCCAAAAAUGUGUGCGCACAUAUUAGUGUGGGUGCACUGACGUGCCUUUCUGUAUAACGCACUCGCUUGAGGCGAUCGAUGGCGUCACACGAUUGCAAAUUGCACUUCGCAGAUGCGUUUCUACCAAUCAGCUGCGCCCUUAUGACAUGUUCUCUUGGCGUUUCAUUGGCUGACGCAUGAGCGCGCACGUGCGUUCGCGGACUGACAAUACGUCGAGGCUCAUAGUUAUCCGAACAGCAUUACUUUUGCCCUGGAAGGGACCGUCGUACAUCGCGUGGCAGGAGGUUGUCUUUGAGGGCUUCCAAAAGGCCUAACGUGGAACAGUAUACAGAAAAUCGUACGUUAUCGGCCUUAAUUUGUCAACAUCUUAAAUGCUCUAUCUUCAUCAGGGCUCGUAUUAUUUUCCUUCCCACGCGUAGUCAUCUUACAAACUGACUUGUUGUUGGAUUCUACUUGAUCGGAUGGGCCUUAGAAAACCGAUAACCGUUUAAUGCUAAGAAAUUCACGCUGACGCCAAAUCAGUUUUAAAGUCAUCUUGGGGUAGCUUGUAUCCGAAGUAGUCCACUUUUCAAAGAGUCAGUUGAUAAUGAGUUUGCAAUAGGAUCCGCUUUUACGUAACUAUCAUGUCAAGAAAAAUGCCUUAACAACAUGAGGUGAUAAUACUUAAUUGGGGGAAAUAUGGGGUACUAGAGAGAACCAGCUCAGGCAAUGUCCGUAGAUUUUAACCCACGAGAAUCGGACAUUAACUCGUCUUAAAAUCAAAUGAACCGAUUGCAUGUGUAACAAAAGGAAAAGUUUAUCACUUCAGUAUGUUUAUACCCAUUCAAGCUAGGCAAACUUGUAAAGUUUCUUGAACUGGCCGUCAAAUGAAAGGAACUGAGGGUAACUAUAGGACGUAAGUAUUGUUUCCUAUUUGUUUUAAAGCCUUUUGUGGUAAAACGGCACAGGUUGGAUCAGGACCUACAGGAGAUAUUGAAAUCCGAAUGCGUUUCUCAAUGAUCGUUUAUGUUCCUUCCAAGAUAACUAAUUGUUUGUCGUUUUCAAUGUUCGGUGAGACAGAACGUGCCAAAUUAAACCGGGAAUGAAAAUUAAGGGAAAAUCUAAAUGACGGGGCCUAUCGCCAUGGAGAACACUCAAAAUUACCGGUUCCUGCACCGAGCCCCUUUAUAGCAGAUGGUUGUGACCAGCUUCCCAAUAUAAAAACAAUUACCUGAUUGAGGGUUAGAAGCGCAACCUUAGAAAGCGGGAAGAUUCCAAAAAAUAAAAUGCUUCUUUAACAAAGGAUGAAGUCAUGGUCGAACAAACUUUGUCUUUAAAUAACUGAGUGAACCGUGACUCUCGAUCCAUGGAGAUAACAGUUGCCACGGCCGGUUUUUGCAUUGAUAUAACGUAAUAAGCGGUUUAUCAAACGACCCAAGAGGCGAAUGGGUCUACGUUUUAAGUUUGAAUUUUUUAUUUCCUAUGACGAGUUGACACACCAUCAGCAUUUUGAAGUAAGAACGCCUUUCCACACAUCCUCACAAACGUUUUCCCGACCAAGUAAAUCCUGGAAUUUCGCGCUAUGGGAUAGCACACUUUACUAACUGUCAUUCAUCUCUGUUUAACUGGAAGGGUUUGAACUGUCUGCCCUAAAUUACGCAAUCAUCCAGGCCUGAUGUCUCCAAAUUUGACGUAAACAUGGGGCUAUCCACCGAAGCCUUCAAAUUAGAACUAUGUAGUCGAUUUAAGUCUUAAGCACUUUGUCGAUUUGACAAAAACAUCUCUAAACUUCAGUUUCUACCUCUUUACAUUCACAUGUUUCGCUGGCUGAUCAGUUAAAGUGAGGCUAUUGCGUGAUUGAAUGGCAACGAGAGCGUGCAAUCCUACGCUGUCAUACCACGCCAGUAUUGAGCAAGGAAGGUUAAGUAAUCACAGUCUUUCGUGAGGGCCGCCGGUCCUUUCCAAUCCACCUUCCUCAAUCUCAAAUUUCAGGCGAAUCAAAUGUGUGCUCCGUGGGCGGGGGGGGAGGGGGCUAUUUUGCUGGGCGUUUGCCUGACAGGCGUGAUAAAUUAAAUUGCAGAGUUAUUCAGUAGGAAGCCCAGACGUGGUUUUAAUCAUGAAAGUUUGCGCUUUGCUGUGCGAGUGCGCUUGCACUGGUAAGACCUUGAUAAGUUGUUUUUGCAUGUUUUGCUGUGCAGACUAAUAGGAACUCGCACAGUCGAGUCGUCCACUGGCCGAAUUCGUGCGGCUUGCUCAGCCCUUUACCACGAAGAGCAGGCGAGGUUGGAAAACUGUCUUGUAGGUCGACUACAAACUGAUACUUUAUGCGUACCAUGGGUGGAGCUUAGCGCCGCCCUCUUGAAGAAGGAUGAGAAUGAGGUGGGACUUGGGAAAUUGGCGAUUUUUAGGUAGUUACUUAUUUUCUGCCCUCCGAAGUUGCCAGCCCGCCUUCAAAGUGGCGUCUAAAACGGAAUCCACGGGUUAAGACGUUCGGGUUGAGGACCUAGAUUUCGUCGCUUUGGGUUUUUAAUUUAUGAGGCCUAUUUAGAAAGCUAGCUCCCCCCCCUACCGAAUCGAUUAUGACAAAUGGACCGCCGUAGGUGAUGACGCCCACUGUGUGCCCCACAGCAUGGUGAGGGCAGCGUCGGUGACCUUCACGUGAUUUAGCUUGUAAUGGAGCAGACUUGCGCAGUAUCUACCGCACUCACCCAUCCCUCGCCCACGUCCCUCAGAGGAAAAUCCAAUGUCAUGACGACUGGAGGUGGGCUUGAUUUCAGUGACUAAUUAAGAUAAACAGCCCCCUUACGGGUUCCACGCACAACCUGUUUCUCACUCCAUGUAUACGAGGGGCGGCUCGGAUCGCAUAUUAAUGAGAAUGCUAUAAGGGUCACAUUGGUCGGGGACCAUUACAGCCUGACUGCCGGUCCUGAGAAAGGCGGAGCUGUCCAGUCAGUUGGCAGCCCUCCAAGUCACGACCUCUAACGCGUCAUGAUAAGUUCAGGCGUGUCGAGUUAUUAUUAGUGAGAAAUGCGCUGAUUUGCCGUGUAGAUAGAGUCUCCAGUGUUGGCCCCAUCUUACGCUCUCCCAUGCACCGGUCGACCCUCGGAGCCUUUAAAAACACUUGAUGAUGAAUUUGGGCGUAAGGGCUGGUGCAGCGUGAAGACCCACAUCUAGGGUGUGUCAGCACAUGUAUGUGCGGCAAUAGUUAUGAGCUCGCGCGGAUCCUGCGCAGCCGAGAAGACGCGUCUCGUGAUCCAAUCUUACCCAGCGCCCAUGCAGCAGAGUCUGCUGCGAGGGCUGAUCAAAAACAGUAGAACAAAGAGGCGAAGGAACGAAAACGAAUGAUACAGCUCCCUACGGACAGUGUUCAUCUAAACGUGCAACAGGUCGGACACCUAAGUAUCGUCGUAACGUCUGAGCCGCUCAGACCCGACAUAGGGUGUAUACAGCCAGCGCAGCGUCCUCUAAGUAGCUGUAGCAGACGCCAUGAGAGUUUGGGGUCACUUCCCAUUGCAUUAGCAUGUCUGAUAUACUGAAAACCAUUAAGGUCGCAUUAUCGGUUUUUUUUUCGAAGAUCGUUCCAGUGUUUCAAACAAUCUGGGCUGGGUUGGUUCUUGCUAUAGAGUAUUUGUCAGUCGAGGGGUUCUAUCGGAAAAAACAGGGUAGACUUGGGAACUCUUCACUGAACUGACAGAGCCCCUCAAUUAGUGAGCAACCGUACCUUGCUGAGGACCUGAAGAUCAGUUGCGGAAAACAGGUCAGACCCGGUCAUCUUGAUCACCCUUAUCUCUUUUCCUAAUAAGGUUCGAUAUUCGAUUACUGACCGAUGCACGACCAACUCUAGGUGGAUGUUCAGGGAGAAAACCCAGCUGCCCGUAUUCCACCUUGCUGUGAAGACAGAUUCGUAAAUACCACUUCGGUGUGUCAAAUAAGAUUUUUUGGGGAUCGAGCAAAUGGCCCCCUUUUAAACAAUGGAAGAGGACCACCUGUAAUGCAGGAAUGUUGGUAAUUGAGGUUUUAAGGGCGGAGCCUUUCAAGACAGGAAACACGAUAGAAUGGAGUAUUAAAACAGAUACAAAUCGCAUCUGAGUCGUAUACUUGUUUUAAUGUGCCUAGAAGUGCCGCAAUAAUCCCUUCUCUAUUAAGGGAUUCGCAGAAUGGUUGUCUUACUAGGCCAGAGUACUGUCGAAAUAAACUCGAGCAAGAUAAGAGAUUCCGAGGGUAAAGUUUGCAAUGGAUUACAUGUCUAUAUAUCUCCGCCGAACAUUCUCUCAUAGGGCUUAAUUUUCCUCUCGUUGUCACUGUCCUCGGACGUGCGAGAUGUCCGCACAUUUUCACCCUAGACGGCUAAAAAUGGUUCUCACCCUCCUCCCCCCUCUCUGACUUCAACAUUUCAUUGGCAACACAAAAAAUGAGUAAAAAGUACAUAUUCCUACCGCCUUUUGACAAUGUUGGUUUCCCCACCCGGGUGAAUGGGAAGUAUCAUCACCUGAUGAAAUAUUCAUUACUUUGCUGCCUCUAGCGUUUGUUCUUUUCUUCGCUUUUUGUCGCUGCCCUCUGCACCCGUAGAGUGCACGCACAUCCGGGUCAUCAGAGCCUGACUGGAAGUUGGGGCCUUCACACUCACUGCACUCGGCGCGCCGGCCUUUGUUGCAGCACAAACGCCGCCUUACUGGCGUUCUGGCUGGGUCAGAAAUGUUUAAAAGAAGUGGAAAAGAAGUAUUUAAGUGACUGAGCUCAUUUACCGGAAUCAGGGAAUCUGGUACACACACACACACACACACACACACACACACACGACAGUUCGUCCGUCGAUCUCGACGAUGACCACCGUGUACCCCACAGACUGCAUUGUGGGAGCAGGGACGGUGACCUGCGCAGGGGUUUAUAGUGCCGGUAGACUUGCGCUGCAUCUACCUACACUCUCUCCUCCUCCCCCGCCUGGGCCCGGUGUCAAGACCAAGUCAAGAAGACCGGAGACGAGGGAGGCCGCAGGUGGAUGGCCCGGACGGAUCCUCACCUUGGCGCUCCACUCUGCACCCCCUGGUCCACAAACAAAUGACCAGGAUUUUGACCACAAAACAAUGGGGUGGCGGCAGUGGUCCAGUUGAACGGCGAAUGCCGACAACAGGGUCCGCCAACGCACACCGCAAAUGUUGGCAUUUGUUAUUGCGCACAGAUAACGCCUGCCAGAGUCCGAUGUGGCCCCCGUUUUGGUCCAGCGCAUCUAACACGUGGCCCGUUUAGAGGGCACUACACACACACAAAUACACACACACACACACACACACACACACACAAGGAGAUCCCAUUUGCUGUGUAAGACUGGGCCCAAUUGCCAACACGCAGGAUGCGUGGCAGGGACUCUACCCGCUACACUACUGUAACCACACCCGCCGGCUUUGUCAUUUAAUCUAGCCUAUCAAAGCAAGUCUAGUGUAGUGUAAGUGGGGAAAGGGGUGGGGGAGGUGGUCGUAACUGGUUCUCGGCUGUAGAGGGGUAUGUAGUCAAGCGGCAAAAGCGUUUACUUGUUUCCCACAUCUGGGGCUGUUUAGUGGAGGGGGGUUCCAAAUCAAGUGUUGCUACUGUGCGGAAAUUUACGGCGGGUUUCAGCUGAAUGGAGAUAAUGACAAUUCCUUCCGCCUAAAGAUGCAUCAUAAUCUCGCCCACUCUUCAGUGGUGCGUACACGUAAAAGGAGUUGUAUGUUCCAUUUUUUACUGGCUAUCUAUCCCCAAAAAUUCAGUUUCACAUAUCCAUGCGGAAGAAUAUAGUUCUGACUUCUUCUGUUCAUGAUCAACUGCUUACUAAACCUUAGAUUCCGUCAGCCUAGAAUUUCACAGGCUCAUUCUUCAGCAAUGUUUGAUCCUGCAGUCCCACUUAAGUGAUAUCAUAUGGUCAGGUUUCCAAAAAAAUUUGGUAGAUGCGAAUAAAUUGACUUUACAAGAAUCACGUUAUUGCAUCUUCCUUACCGUUUUAAUCCAGUGAGUGACUGUGCUAGCCUGGGUUACUUCAGGUAGCAGUUCGCGCGCGCUUCCUUUCGCCUGCUUCGAGCCCUUUUUGCGUCCUCUUUAUUAUCCAAGAGUAGCCAAGAAGACUUGCUAAUAGAACUGUUUCGACGGUGUGGAAAUCUGUCGGUUCCACCACGGUGGCCAUGCACUGCGAACUACCAUGUGGUUCCCAUAGUGGCCUUCCAGUUGUGAUUGAGCCCUCCUUAUCCUCUCAAUCCAGCGAGUGGCUGUGUCGGGGGAGGAACUGAAUACAUGCCACCUUCACUCGCUUCCCUGAGCGUGCUUCGAGCUCUGCUUGCGCUCUCUUUCUCUUCCUAAUCCAGCGAGUGGCUAAGUUAGGUAGAUUAGUUAACAUUGUUUUGGUAAGCCAACCAUAUGGCAUCAAUCAAGGGGGGCUUCAGAAUCAAACCUCGCCCAUUCUUCUUUGUUGCGGUUUCGUGCACAGAUUUAUCCGCGGCACGAAUUACCACAGAAAAUGUCAACCCUCCCCCGCUCAUUGCAUUCACAAUUCGUUUUAAGUGUAAAUUUUAGAAUUUACACACAAAGAAACCGGGAGAUCGUACUAGAAGCCAAGCCAGCAUGCUUCCCCCGUCCCUUCCAUGUUGUCAAGUCGCAAGAAACUGGAGGCGCCUUACUUACCUGCGGAGAGCACGAAAUCCUUAUUGCAAAUGUGCACUUGCUCGUGUGUAGACACGUGUCUCAUGUCGUGUCAUGAGGCCCUUAACAUAUGCCGGCGUCUUCAUCAGCAACAUCGGAAUAGGUCGGCCGACGGAGAAGGGGAGGGUGCUUGCCGAAAAGACACUAAUUAUUCAUGCACUUACGGUUAGCCAAGGUAGCAGCGGACGAAAAAAACAAGAAAGACGUUUCUUAAAUAAAAAAUUACGCCAGAAAACUUCGCCUGACGGACAUAGAGUAGGUGGGCUAACUCAGGAAAUGUCAACCAAAAUUCCGAAAUGCGUUUUGGUUUCAAAAAGAUUAAUUAACUAUGGCUGUAAAACUCGUGAGCCUGCAACAUAAUUCUAUAAUAUUACGGUUACCUCAGGAUGCCGGCUUUUGAACGAACUUCCUUCCGGAUGCUUGCAAAAACUAGACUGUAAAAAAUGACCACUCAAUAAGCAUGAAAUUUUCAUAUUGAUUUUCGAUGCCCCUAAAUGUCCAGUUAUAUUUCAUGGAAACAAUGUAUGAACAUAUUUGUUCGUUUGCCCAUUCGGUAGAAAAUUACGUCUUCUUCUAAGGUGAUACUCGAAGGAGGGACAUAAUUAGGUUUAGAAACAGUUUCUGAUUUUGGGACUUUUAAAUACCGUGAAAUGGCCGUUCAUAAAUCGUCGUGUCUCUGCAUUUACCAAUAUGGCUUGUAAAAUUAACAAUAUGGAUCAAAUUCACUGCUAAAUUUUAUGGACCCUAUAUGGUCUGCCUUUGUUACUGCAGAAAAAUGUGUGGUUUUCCGUACGCAGAAAAUAUACGGUUUGUAGUUUGGGAACCCUGAAUUCAAGCGUAACGGCAGAGCGUGUUCAAAUUAUUCGGGAAUUGGAAAAGUUUUUGGAAACCAAAGUACACACUUCCUUUGAGUAAAAGAUUGGAAGAAGACGUUAUUUACUACCAAAUGAGCAAAAUAAUGAAUAUUUGUAUGUCUGUUUUCCAUGAAAUAUAGUUGGACAUUUUGGGUACAUCGAAAAUCAAGGAGAAAAAUUCGGGCAACUUAAGUAGUAAUUUUUGCAUGCAGCCGAAAGGAAGUUCAUUCAAAAGCCGGCAUCCGGAGCUAGCCGAAACAUUAUAGAAUUCUGUUGCAGGGUGGCUAGUUUUACAACCCUACUUAACUAAUCUUUUCAAAACAAAAACGAAUUUCGCAACUUGGUUCGACAUUUCAUGAGUUUGCCCGCCUACUGCACAUUUACUGUCCAUCUACCGAAUUUCAGACAACGGCCUUAUUUAACCCUUAACCACACAUUUUCUUUCUUAAAGUUCUGCAGCCGUAAAAGGAGGAUUUUGCGAGCAAAUAAACGGUAUCGGGCCAGAUUUUGACAUGUGCUCAUCGCGCGUGGAAACUGAGGCGUUCUAGCUGAAUAAUCAAUAAAUUUUAUCGCGAUGCAAGGAAAACCACAAGUCAAUUCCAAUGUAGAAAUACAUGGCAUUUUGCUUUGAAUCCUGUUAGUUAUUCAGUCGAGUGUCCUUCUGUUCAGACAGCAAAAGUCCAUUCUGUCACCACAAGGAGAACACGGACUUUGCGCCAGAAAUAAAUCGGGAAUCAUUAACCGCAUCCGCUCUGGGCUUAAUGCUACAUAACUACCCUUAUCUCUAAAGAGCUAUGACAAAAUUCAGAGUGGUUGCCUUUUGUGUGUCCUGAACUAGUUUCUCUCCUUUUGGCUUAGCUUGAAAACCCCAAGCAAAGCUCAUAUCAACAGCUUAAUGUAUUGUAUUAGAAAGAGUAAAAAAUUGAAAGGAUAGCUAAAGGACUGCUAUUGUUUUAUGUGCUCUGCAGGGCAGUAAGCCAGUGCUGAGUUCUACUCAGCUGCCGGAAAGGUAGUCAGCGGGAGAGUGGGCGUUUCCGUAGUCUAAUCCGGUUUUGGUAGGCUUGCCCAGGUGGGCUGGAGCGAGAACGGAGCAGAUAACCGUGCUGCGCGGAAGCCACCCCUCCGACAUUUUGUUUUUCCGAAAUGUCCACUCUGAAAACAAAAGGCCUUUAGGUCUGCAUUAGUAAUUUUGCAUACAAACUCGGACAGAAAAAAGCCCAGGUUAGGGAGGGGACCUGCCUGAAUUCGGCAGCUGACCUCGUCAAUUGACACUCUUCCUUCAAAUUACGUUAUGCAGUGUGUGCCGGCCGUCUGCUUCCGUGCAGACUUACUGUAGCCCUCCUGACUAUACCCAGACUUUCGGAGUGCCUCUGUGGGAGAUUUGGGACAAGCUUUUGAGCACAUGUUAAACCCUUGCGAUGAACACAGAAGGCAUAUAUACAAAUAUACACAAAUACAUACAUAUACAGUAGGUGGGUUAAAUCAGGAAAUGUCAACCGAAAUUCUGAACUGCGCUUUCGUUUCGAAAGGAUUAAUUAAGUAGGGUUGUAGAACUAAUCAUCGGGCCGCACAAUUCUAUAAUAAUUCAGUUACUCCGAGUUGCUGGCUUUCGAACAAACUUCCUUUAAGCUGCACGCAAAAACUACACUCUGUAAAAAAUGACCACUUAAUUAGCAUGCAAUUUUCUUAAUCAUUCCAAUUAUAUUUCACGGAAAACAUGCAUAAAAAUAUUCAUUCUUUCGUUUAUUCCGUAGAAAAUUACGUUUCCUUUCAAUCUUAUACUCGAACGAAGAGUGUUGUUUGGUUUUCAAAAAGUUUUUUAAUUCCCGAUUAAUUUUGAACCCGCUCUGCCGUUAUACUUGGAUUCGCGGUUUCCAAACUACAAACGCUAUAUGUUGUAUGUACGAACAAUCAUACAUUUCUCCACAGUAUUAAGAGAAGAUCAUAUGGGGUUCAUAAAAUUUUAGCAGUGGAUUUGAUCCAUAUUGUUAACUGUACAAGCCGCAUUCGUAAAUGCAGAGACAUGACGAUUUAUGAGCGGCCAUUUCACGGUAUUUAAAAAUCUCACAAUUAGAAACGUUUUUAAAACCGAAUUAUAUCCCUCUUUCAAGUGUAAAAUUGGAAGAAGAGGUAAUUUCCUACCGAAUAAACGAAAGGAUGAAUAUUUUUAUGCAUGUUUUCCAGGAAAUAUAAUUGGGCAUUUAGGGGCAUCGAAAAUGAUUGAGAAAAUUGCAUGCUAAUUAAGUGGUCAUUUUUUACAGCGUGUAGUUUUUGCGUGCAGCUUAAAGGAAGUUUGUUCGAAAGUCGGCAUUCCGAAGUAAUUGAAUUAUUACAGAAUCGUGCUGCCCAAUGAUUAGUUUUACGACCCUACUUAAUUAACCCUUUCGAAACGAAAGCGCGGUUCAGAAUUUCGGUUGACAUUUCAUGAGUUAAACCACCUACUGUACAUAUACAUACGUACAUACUGUCGUCCUCCUAGAGGCCUCGAUUUAAGCUAUGUGAUUUAAUGCAGAAUGACCUUCCCUCAGAUAGGAGAAUGGAGCUCAGAGAUCGCCACAGGUCCCCUUGGAAUUUUUCAGUUGGAGCAGAGUCAUCCGUAUAUUCAGUGUGAACCUAUUCCUCUGUGUCAGUUCUGACUCAAGAUGCGAACACACCUUGAGCAACCAUAUGCCAUCUGAGAUCGAGUCCUAUGAUAGGACCUCGCCUGAAGGGCAUAAGACCGAAUCGGAUGUUAUCCUUUUCAAGCAAACACAAUGAUCAGGUAGUCUGAACUUAAAUUGCAAACUGCGCCUUCACAUGAUAUGACAGUUCGAUCGUCACAAACGACGCCUUUCACUACGUGUUCCAACAGAAGGAUCCAGCCGCGGUGCAUUGCGCAUGAGUCAGUUUCUAAUGGGGCGGGCUUUCACAGCAUCCAACUCACUCUCUAUCCCAGCAUCUUGUUUUCCCGAUGGCAAAAAAAUCUCAAGAUAUCCUGAGAGGGUUUAUAAGGACUUAAAUGUAUGUGAGUCAUAAAGUACGGUUUUUACGUCGUGGAUGUUCAAUGUUCGUGAUCGAGGAGGGAUCACUGAUAGGUAGUUAAUAGAAACUAACCGUUGGUUACGCCAUGGAUUCGUUUAAAAAACCUGACCGUUAUCGCAGAAAUGCGCAAUGAGUUUUUAGAUGCUUUGUGGGUGCUCGCGUGUGUAAUACCUAAUUGAACGCUUUAGCUUAGAAGUUGUCAUAACUUCCUGUUGAGGUACCAACUCAUAGCUUCAGACAAUAUAGCACAAACCAUUGAGAUUGAUUAAAAAAGGUUUUUUUCUUGGAACCAUGUGAGCAUUGGUUCCUGUUAUGUACUUCUUGAAGAGUACCAGAGGAAGUUGAAUUUCAACCAGCGUAAACGAUUUGACUACGACUGUGCACUGACUUUCGAAUACGUUAAGAAUUUCUACGCGAAAGGAAGCCAUUACUGUGGAAACACUUGGAGCCGAGUAGACUUACAGAAGGGUUUUCCCGGAGAAGCUUGAAAUCGCGAUGAAAUUCGGGAUGACAGGGAAAUGGGCAGCACCCGUGUGACGGGUGGUUUUACGCUAACUACCUAGGCAAUAUCUAUUUUCGUGUCUUUAUCCCAACCCUAAACUCAGCCCGAUCCUUCUGAAAGUUAGCGUUUGAGCACGUCUAGUACAGGAAAAUGGGGUACAUAUACCGUGUUCAAUUCUAAAUUGUUUUAGCGUUUCAGAUGUGCACACAACAUCAUUUUAAAUUAAAAGGCUUGUCGUGGAUAAUACUUUGUCUCUUGCGUGUUUACAAUUACCCUCAAAUGUUUUGAGCCGACUGGUGCAAAAACACCAACUUUAAAUUAGAGAAGACUGCACAGGCGGGGUAGGCAUUUGCGGGCUUUCCCCAGUGGGCAAAUAUGCGAGAUUCUCUUGAGUUGAGGAGGAAUCAAAUGUUGUUGUUUGAAGCGUGAACCACUUUGUGCUAAUCGUGAGCCUUAAUUAGCACCAUUUGCCUCCAUCCAUGUCACUCUUACCUGUGAACCAAGAGCCUACUGUUUGUGAAUAUUUUUGACGAACUUCAGGUCAGUUUCUAGAAGAUAUGUUAAGUUGUAUCCUGGCAGUCUGUAGAAUGUGGCGAUCGAUUUUAUGUCUUCUGAAGAAGUUUACUGAAUAUACGGAUGACUUCUACUCUAACUACAGGGGAGCUGUGUCGGCCUCUGAGUUUCAUUCUUCUAUCUUAGGAGAGGUCAUUCUGUAUUAAAUCCCUUGACUUGUAUUGAGGCCUCAUUAGAAGAUUUUCUCUUGAUAAGGGGAAAUUGUGCUCUCUCUGCGACAUCAGAAUUUCAGCAAAAAUUAUGUCUCCUCUUCAACUGAAGUUUACUUCUAGGCAGAACUCUCGCGAGCUAUAAAAACAAUCAGAGCGAGUACUCUCUUUGCUCGUGACACAAUGUAUUUAUUUCCUCAGUACAGAGCUGUGAGAAUGGACACUCGGCCGCUUCGGCUUGAUGAUUGAGAUGUAGGAAGAUCUGUUUCCCAAAGCCGAAGCGGCCGAGUGUCCACUCUUGCAGCCAAAAAACAGUCGACGGAUUUUUUAUUUGUGUCAUGCUAUGCAGAAGUGCGGGGGUUCUCUUAUCAUAUCCCCAUAAGCGAUGCUUUCACGUCGACCCAACUGUGAAAAACUCGACAACCUUGGUGGAAUUCGAACCCACGCAGUAAGGGGGAGGGCUUCAGUACAGUCAACGCUCUAGCCACCUGAGCUACGAGGCCCCAUCGGGAGCCCUGGUUUCAACCACACUUACGUCAAAUUACCUGUCCAGCCUACUGCAACGUGCGGAGCCCACCAAAUCUGAUACAGUGAGCUGACUGUCCAAGUAGAAUUUUCCAGGCACUCCAUCUGGAAUCCACGACGUGACUACCAGGCUCACGUAAUUAGUAGGUAUUUUGACAGGUUUUGGAUAAGUCCUUUAAUAAGCGUUGAUCUGUUGUGGAAUGAUAAUAAUUCCGAAUUUUUAUUCACUUGAAUGCAGUUGACUAAUAAUUGGCUCAGACUAGCUUCCGCCCAGUCGCCCAAAGGUAGUGCUGUUUAAUUCCUUGAUGUAAUAUGGAAGUUUGAACUGAUUAAACUAUCCUUCACUCUCCUGCGGUUACAAACAGUAGCAGACGAGCUGGCCGCGGUCAUUUUCCACUCCCUGAUUUAUUCUGGUUGGGUUUUAACCAAUCCGGGGGGGGGGAAUUCACCGGAGUUGGUGAGAUCUCUGUUAUAGACGUAUCAAUUUGCCGCUAUUAUGCUCUUUUAAAUGAAAGUUGAUGUGAUUGUUUUGGGUUUGGCUGACGUAUCAGGGAAGGCAGUCAAUACUGCCACUUUUUAUGCCUUGAACAGUGUUCACCGGUUUGAUGGUCGUCGCUAUGGCGACAUACGGAGCUUUUUCCUGGAAAAAAGUAACUAGAAUGAGCUAUCGCUGACCGGAAGCCGUAACCAAGCCCUAGGUCGUUUCGAAAGGAAGACAGAACGCUACCUAUCAUAUUACUCCCAUCUAUGGAGGUGGGCUUUCUAUUUAAAUGAGUGGAAUAUAUGCUUGAAUGCUGAGGUUACAUAUCAAACGUUAGGGCAGCUAGUCACUGGGGCCUUCUGAUGGCGCAAAUCCACAUAAAAUGUUCAGCUCAUAUGGCCUGCAAAAGUAGGAAAACUACACAAAAAUAUUUUAUUUGUGGCGUUUUAAUAAUAUUCCAUGAGGUCGUAAGGCGCCUUGCAACGACUUGAAACGUUCAUACUCGGUAGAAGUUGAAUAGCACCACUUAUCUGCAGAUGUUUUUUCAACCAAAUAUAUAUAUAUAUAUAUAUAUAUAUGUGCUGGAAAACAUAUAUAUUGGAGGCGGUCCGAGACUUUUGAGCAAAUUAGCAAAUUACACAAUCAGUCCGCAGAACACUAACUUAAGCUGUCAUGGCAGCGACAUGAAGCCCGAAUACAAAGGGAGUUACAAGGUUACGACUGUAAAUAAGGCCUUAACAGUCAUUCAGGUAUCUUUUGUUCUCCACAUUCAGCGGGGCUGCCCUCCAAUAUAUACAUCAGUCAACAGUCAGAAAGUCGAUUGGUCAGAUUUUCAGUUUUUUAAAACGCCACAGAAUUGAGCCUUGUUAAAUUACUUUGGCCCUGUGUACAGCGACAUAUAUCCACUCUUUGACAAAGAAAUUAGGUGUAUUAGGCAUUUACGGCAGAUUCAGCUGGUGUUAGCCUAUUUAACUAACAGUUUAAAGAGCAUCUAGCAGAAUCCUUUUGUCGGACAUUGGAACUAGAACCGCAAACUACAAGUGGCCUUACACUAAAUUCCUUGGAGCCGCCAAUUUCUGUGUCCCAACCUUGACCCUGACCGUGCGCUCCUCUGAAAUUGGGUUCAGGGCCACCCGUAGUGUGGGGGGAGGUCCAUAUGCCUAUGUCCAGCUGCAUCCUUGAAAACUGCACUUUAGAGGCCGGUAGCAAGUGUGAGUCACGCAAUUUUCCCAUCAAGAUUACUGUUAACUUACCCUGAAUCGUUUAUUUUCAUUGGGUGGGGCGAUUCCGGCUACGUUUGUCCACUGGAAGCGCCAGUGCUUUAAGAAUAAAAACAGGGCGUAAAUAGCAUAGAUGAUGUUUGCUGUAACCCGCAAUUAUGACAAAGAACGGUCAUGGCCUCACCGCAGACCAGAGUAGAUAGGGUGGCUAACAGGACAUGAAAAGUGUGGCCCGAGGGGAUGUGAGUGAACCAGAAUCGGGAAGUCGACACUUCGAGGGUGCGUGGGGUGACAAACACCUUCUGCGUUUCCUCAGCUUCAAUAUGCCACGGAGACAAGCUAAUUACUGAGCAGAAGUACAUAAAUUUUUGAGAAAACAGAGAACUAGUUAAUACUAGCGAUGUUGGCAGGGCAGAAAUAAACGCGGAGCACAUGUGCCCGACUAUUGCCGAAUUAAUUGCGACUUCGGAAAGUUUUCAGUAGUGUCUAUACUAGGGUAUGAAUACGCAGGUAGGAUAAAGACGUCUUUACGUGGAGACUAACACAACUUCUAGCCAAAGCUGUAUCAGUUCGUAGCAUCUACAGACACAGUAUGUGAUGCAUAUCAAAGAACCUCCACUGAAAUUCAGAAAUAUGGUGUUGGCCAGAAAGAGUUACUUAGAGUGGGUUAUAAGAAGGAUUAUCAUGUUGCAUAAUCCUCAGAUAAUCCAGUCACCUCAGGAUACCGGCUCCCAAAUGCUGUCUCCAGAAACCACACCUAAGAAAAAGUGACAACUUAAGUAGUAUACAUUUCCCACUGAUUUUCUUUUGCCUCAUAGAUCUAAGCUCUACAUUUACCAUUAAGAAACAUGGUGCAUUCGCCUAUGCUCCUAAAUAUAUACUAAUUAAGAUCCGAAAAAGUUUAUAAUGAGGAUGGAUCAGGUUACAUAAUUUAUAAGAACAUCACUAAGCGAAGAGGUACGGCACGGCAUGACUAGGCCUCUUAUGAUUUUACAAAUUCAUAAUUGUAACCUAUUCAGAGAGAAACGCGCGUUUUUUUCGAGUGAAAAAUGAAGCAGGCGUGAUUUAUAGUAAACGGUAACAUGAAUGGACAUUUUCUGCCUGUCUUUUUAAAAAUAUGUUUGAGUUAAUGAGAAUAUAGUGAACUGAUGGAAAAUAAAUGGAUACUACACAAUUAGCACUUCUUGCCAUGUGUGACUUUUAAAGGCAGCCGGUAAAGAUGUACGUUUAAAUAGUGGCACUUCGAAGCGAAUGAAAAACUGGAAACUGUGCUGCAAGAUAAUCAAUAUUACAACCCAACCUAAUCAAAACUCCUGUAUUUUAGUCACAUUCCCUGCAAGAUACGUCACCUACUGUAAAGUUGUAUAAGUCCUACCCUGGAACAGCCUCAUACACACGCCCAUGAGGCAUGGGCAGACUCUUCAAUAUUUCAUAAAAAUUUAGUGUUUCCGAUACAAGCAAAAAUGCAAGUUCUGGGGAGUAAGUGGGGGAAAAUAGAUGCGAUCACCGAGGAGCUGGCAGACUGCCCCGGACACGGAUUCCUGAACACGCGGCAGCAUUGCGAAGAAGUGACGCCAACUCCCAAGUCGCAGCUCAUUCGACGAGACCCCGCCACACAUUCAAUCUCGACGAGGCCGAAAUCCACGCAUGAGCUGGGAGUGGCGUAUGUCGUGGUUCAUCGGACUCCAGUCUACUAACAAAUGCAUUGACAUCCGCCCCCAAAUUCAUUGUCUAAACUUAGUUUGUCCAAAGUAGUUAGCCACUCGGGGCGCUCGCAGGACAGUGGGCCUGGUUUCCGAACAAUCAUCACGCCAAUAUCCAACAGGGGUGAUGAAAUUUCAGUAAUUAACGGCUUGCAUUUCGGCCAGCAAGCAAAUGGCGCACCAGAGUGUGACCAUCCUUGAUGAGGGGGGGGGGGUGUUAAUUUUCAUUGGCAUGCAAUAGCAUAGUGACAGCGUCCUCUGCACGAAUUGCGCGAAUCCGAUGCUGUUUCUAAUGCUGCGUCUGGGCUUUAAUCCGAACCGUCAGACGAAAAAGGUUCUUGCUCCCACGAUCACAUCUACUUCGUUUAAAGUCAGUACUCCUGCACAACACACCAAUGCAGUAUAGUCACCUGUACUUGCAUGUUGACGCAAAAAAUUUUUAGGCGAAUAACGACGGGACAACGGGUUCGUGGCCCAGCGGUUAGAGGCGUGGACUUCUAACUAACAGGUCGCGAGUUAAAGCCUCGGGUGUUCCGAACUUCGGGGUUUGGUAUGACUGGCUGACGACGACUAAUAAGCCAGAAAUGGCCAUUCCAGUCUCCCUUGUCUUUGUCGGUAAUAGCAUUCUGCCUACAUAUCAUGCGCCGCUGUGCGGCUGCUGGUUGGGCUCUAGAGAGAGCCCGGAAGGCACAACGGAACGAGUGAGUUCCGUAAAAACGAUCGGUGAGCGCCCCCUACCAUUGUAUAUUCCCGAUCGAAACCGACAGGACAACGGGUUCGUGGCCCAGUGAUUAAUUUCCUCCUUAUGGAUGAUGUGAGUUUAGAAAUUCAGGCGAUGCUGAUAACUAACUUAAUCAAAAAAUCACAGGGCGUUGUCUACAGAGACCUUCUGACUUCGUACACAGUCCUGUCAUGAGCAAUGAGAUUGCCUUCCUCUCCCUCUUCCCCCUCGCAAGCAUACACCCUUCAUUUGUAUGACUGGCUGUCGACGACUAAUAGGCCAUAAAUGGCCAGUUAAGUCUCUCCUGUCUUUUUCGGCAAUGCUAUUUCGCCUAUAUUACGCACCGCAAUACGGUUGCUGGUUCGGCUCAAGAGAGCCCUAAGGCACAACGGGACGAAUGGAUUCCGUAAAGCGAUCAGUGAGCGUCCUUCUUUACCAUUAUUUAUUUCCUGAUCGCCACCGACAGUAAAACGAGCCCGUGACCAAGUUGUUAGGGUGGUUGGGCCCCUAACUACCAGGUCGCGGGAUCGAGCCCCAGGCGUCCCACACUUCGGGGUUGGGUAUCACUGGCUGACGACGACCAGUAAGUCAGAAAUGGCCAUCUCAGUCUCCCUUGUCUUUGCCGGUGAUGUCACUCUGCAUAUCAUCUUUCAGUCUUAAAUUAGCUCUCCUUCUGCGUGGCAGCGAACUGCCCUCACUCAACUAUGACUUGACCCGGAUUUCCUACGGUUUUCUCUCACACGCAGUUUCUGUGCGUUCUUCUGUUUCUCUGUGUGUGUGCAUGAAAACGCAACUGACCCUACCAUCGAAACGUCGAAAAACGAGGUCUGUGAAGAAGGGCUUUGAGGUUAAAUCCUCAACUGCGACUGCCAGGGGCGGUGUGCGCGCUUGCAUGCUGUAUCUGGUGCGAGAUGAUUUAAUGGCACACUGUCUGGCCCUUUCAAACGGAAGCCCAACGGCUGGAAAGACCCCCCGAGGCUGGCGUGACAAUAAAAGUGAUCCGGAAUGUCAGUUGAGUUUUGUCCUCAGAAGAAAUUUUCGGAAAGGCAGCACAGACUGAAAAGAUCAUUUGUGGCUCACUUAUCACUGGCACCCAAACCAUACCUCAACCUGGAGCGAGGAAAAUAGGCGAUUAGAACUCUGGUCUGAUUCGUCAGUCGAUGUGGCCUAACGGCAGACGGGAAAAAGACCGAUCCGCUUUUCAUUCUAAUCGUGGUCUUUUUUGACGUAAUCCUCCUGAUCGCUCCUCGCCACGUAACCAUUUGCAAAGACUCAGACCAAAUCUUCCCGGCACCCAAACCCAUUGCAGAAGAUUCUAAUUCUUCUAGGCCAUACACCUGACUACUGAACAGAAGGAGUCUUGCACUUUGGCCAGCUGACGUUGGGUAGCAGUAGUUUUUUUCUUGAGAAAGAAUAGUAAUACACUCGCGACACGACGGAAAGAAUUUCGUUUGCCUGCUAAAUCCAUUUAUCUUAUCAGAUCACACGACCAGGUGAUGCAAAUAUUAAAAACCAACAACCUCAGUCGACUGAAGAGUCUUGUCAUAAGGCGGAAGUGAAUAAUCAAACGCUGCAUGCAGUCUUCAUCUGCGCCAUCGAUGAGGUAGCAUCUUGUAGCAGUGCGGGCUAAUGCAUACAUUGGUCCCGUGAUUUCCGCGGCAGAUCAGUUUUCAUCCGUCUUCAGUGUAAAACCACCCCGUUUUCACUGCAGUGAACUGCUUCCAGCGCACAUGUUUUUUUCUCACUCAGAACUGCGUCAUGAAGACAAUGCAGGAUUAAUCGCCUAUUUGGUGGGCCAAGAAAAAGCAGUCCCCUGCUUGCAAUAAACUCACCAACUCUUCCCUGUAGAUCUCACUGCACGCCUGGUUAUGCUUGAUUGUGUGCAAAUUACUGCUACAAUGGGAGUCCAUUUACUGGGUGUUUAGUGCUUACCGAACGUACUAAAGUGUGACACUUGAGCCUAUCAGGGGACAUUGUUGCGACCGAUUAAAUUUGCGCAAUACAUGCACACCCCUCUCUUUUCUCCUCAUCUAUGAAUUCCUCGCCCACCUGCUAGCUUACUCACGAGCUGGAAGGCCUUGGGCGUGGGUGCAAUGGGGUAACCAAAGCUCAUCUUUUUCCGCCGAUAGUGCUCACUGUUGGGGGAAGGUGUGGCGACUCGGUUACUACUAGUCCUUUCUAGCACGUUCGACUUUGACGGAAUCGACUAAAACCUACCACAGGAGUGUUUCCGAACAAGAGGACGCAGUGGUCGUCUCCCUUGCCACAAGGCACGUAUAGGCUGUCUACUUAGCUGCCGUGAAAUGUAGUUUUAUCGACUCAGUCGGAAACUUUUUAUAAAUAUCUGAGACAAACUUGAUCAGUUUCAGUGGGAUAAUCGUGUGGUAUUCAUAAACUGCCAACAGGCAGCCAAUAGUAUGCAAAGGCCAACAGACUGGGUGCCGGCUGAGGGCUCAAACACGUGUUUUUGCCGAUGUUCUCUCGCUUUAAGACGCGACUUCAGGGGGGGCUGGGCUCAUCAGUGGGUCCCCAGCUUUCCACGCGUGCCUUCUGUCAGACAGUUCGCUUUUUAAAUGUCAGUCUUUUAAUCUUCUCAGAAAUUAAUCUGCUAACAUGGAGUAAAUCAGUCGGCCCACCGAAUGCCUUGCAGCUGUGUCAUGCUGCGAUAGAAUAUCGACGAAGCACAUGUCUGAGCUUUUAGCUAAUACUUACGUCGUUAGCACGGAAAUAUUAUACAGCAUUUAGUGGUAAGAUGUGAUCAGGUAGCCCCGCCUGGUGGACACAAUACUGUUGUGGUUGGGGUCAGGGGUUAGGGGUUUUGGCAACAAUUUCUCAACCGCUCAAAGUACAACUGCGCAUUCCCAAUAGCUUUUCUUUUGCAUACAACUACUUGGCCUCGUCGUCCCACCUCUAAUAAUCCUUAUUUCCACCGAUCCGAUACUUUAGGUAGUUGGAGUUCGUUUGUUUCAGGUGGGGCUGCAUAAGCACACCUGACCCAUUUGCAUACUUAGGUUUUGGAUGCAUGAGUAAACCUCUUCGGUUGGAAUCGACAGGGACCACUGUGUUACUGACAUGCUCGUGGGUAAACUUUUGGUGGUGGAGACUUGCGCAACGCCUUCGGCAUCAUCCGUUUCCACGACUGUCCUGUUCCACUGGCAUAGAAAAGUCAAGGGAACUAAAAGUGGGGAUGGUCCACGCGGUGCUCCGACGCAAAGCCCUUGAUGGACCCACAGUAGGAUUGUACGUACGGCUGUGCGACUUGACGCGGAUGCGCCGAGUUGUCUUAUUAAUUUGGCGGUCCCAGGGGGUAAAGAAUUUUUGCCUGCCGUGGUAGCGCGCCUCAAAGUCAAGUUACUAGAUAAAUGUCGCACACUGUCGAUCUCACGGUCCCUCACUUUACCUCUCCCACCGUGUCCAGCAAAAACAACAUUGCAAAAACUGAGUCGAGCCGAUUAGUCAGUGACGUUGAGGCAACACGAAACCUCCGUCCUGCGCAUGUCACGCGCCAGCUGGCCGCCACCUACAGUAGGUGGGCUAACUCAUGAAAUUUGAACCGAAAUUCCGAAUUAAGUUUUUGUUUCGAAAAGAUUAAUUAUGUAGGGUUGUAAAACUAGUCAGCUUGCAGUAUAAUUCUAUAAUAAUUCAGUUGCCUCAGAAUACCGGCUUUCGAAUGAACUUCCUCCCGGCUGCAUGCAAAAACUAUACACUGUAAAAAACAACUACUUUGCAGCAUGCAUUUUUCUCAUUGAUUUUCGAUGUCCCUAAAAGUCUAAUUGUAGUUAAUGAAAAACAUGCAUAAAAAUAUUCAUUCUUCCACUAAUUCGGUAGAAAAUUACGUCGUCUUACAAGUUUAUACUCGAAGGGUGGGUAUUAUUCGGUUUCCAAAAAAACUUUUCUAAUUCCCGAAUAAUUUGGAACCCGCUCUGCCGUCUAACUUGCAUUUAGGGUUUCCAAACUAAAAACCAUGAAUUUUCCUCGUACGAAAAACCACACAUUCCUCUAUGCUACUAAAGGGCGACCAUAUAGGGUUCAUAAAAGUUAGCAUUAAAUUUGAGCCAUAUUGUUUUCUUUACAAACCAUAUUGGCAAACGCAGAGGCAUGACGUUUUAUGAACGGCCAUUUCGCGGUAGUUAAAAUUCUCACAAUUAGAAAAUUUUUAAAGCCGAAUUAUUUCCCUCCUUCUAGUAUAAUGUUGAGAGAAGACGUAAUUUUCUACCGAAUGAGCAAAAGUAUGAAUAUAUUUAUGCAUGAUUUCCAUGAAAUAUAAUUGAAUCUUUAAGGACUUCGGGAAUCAAUGAGAAAAUCCAUGCUACCGAAGUAGUCAUUUCUUGCAGAGUAUCGUUCUUGCAUGCAGCCGGAAGGAAGUUCGUUCCAAAGCCAGCAUCCUGAGGAGAUUGAAUUAUUAUAGAAUUAUGCUUCUCGAUAAUUAGUUUUACAACUCCACUUAAUUAAUCUUUUGGAAACGAAAACGUAUUUCGGAAUUUCGGUUGACAUUUCAGGAGUUAGCCCACCUACUGUAGGUCUAUUACAACAUUGCCGCGUAUUUCAGAAGAUGCUAUAACCCAAUAUUGUCAAUUCGAUCCUCUUUACCGACGAUGUUUAUCAUGUGUUCCACAGCAGGGUUAGCGAGGGGAAGGUAACUUGCUUGUGAGUUAAAGUGAUUGUAGACUUGUGCAGCAUCUACCGCACUCUCUCCUCCUCCUCCUCCUCCCACACCUGGGUCCCCUGUCAUGACAGAAUCAAGAAGACCAAAGGCGGGCGAGGGCGGAGGUAGUUGGCGGGGCGAAAACCCGCGCCUAAAUGUACUACCACACCCACUGGCCCAUAAAGGACAUUGAUGGCACGGAUUCCAGUUCGCACGGCGUUAGCCUGCGUGUAUUCUAGCCGCCACAUUCUAAUGUUGACAUUUGUCCUUCACAUAAACUGUGUUGAUGCACUCUGUUGGGGGAGUGGUGCAUCCAACUUCCAUCCACCCAUCAGCGUGCGCACGAACACGAGUCCCCCGCGCAAACAUGACCAACUACACAAACGGAGGAAAGUUUCCGUCCGCGAUCAGUUGUGAUUUCAGAGGAGAAAUUGAAAUUUCUGUUUUAUCCAAAAGCUUAUGGUGCGAGGCCCACGCAGGCCACCAUGUGGCCUUCAACAACCGACGGGCUACGCUAAAACGGACAUUUUUGACCUGCCAGCCAUUGCCAGUCAGUAGAACUCGGCUCCAGACACGGACACACUCGACGCUAGAACCCCGGGGGCUCAGUCGAUAACUGGACAGGUCGUGGUCCCACCUUCUGUUAUCGCUCUCCGCAAACAGAGCUCGGUUCAGGUCGGACAGACAGGGCGAGAAAAGUCAGGCGGGGUCGACAGCCGACGCCCGCCGAGAAGAGGCGCCGACCGGAAGUCACGUGACCUAUGCGCCCACGAGGGCAAAGUCAGCACGCGGGAACAGCGCCGACUGAUCAGUCUGACGAGGGCAGGGGGGGGGGGAGGAAAUCCGAUAAGCACACUGACAUAGCGCCAACCACGCCAACGGUGAGGCGGGACACAGGUCACGCGAGCCCACCAGGGGCCGACAUCGGAAAGGUCAAAACCAGCCAACUGCCAAUAGGCAGGCUAAAUUUUAUGCGUCGGGUACGGCAUAUACCAGCCUGAAAUCAAGCCACUUCCACAUAACUUUUACCUUUUCCCAAGCUAGUCAAUGUUACGUGGGCGCUAGGUGCCAUGACCAAUAUUAUCCUGGUUUAAAUCUCAGGCAAGAGCGCAGUAUGCGAUUCCAUCUAAGUAACAACAACCAGGUCAUCGUGUAAUGCGAGUUUUAUGGGUGUGGCUGGACGGUGGAAAGGAUAGCGCGAAGGUAAUUAACCAUUCCAAUAAAUUUUGAGGUGGCAUAUGGCGUCCUCGCGCUAACUCCCUCUACAACUACUUGCAAAAGAGCACACGUACCAGGAAUCCGGUCCCCCAGGAAUGAUGAGGGUACCAGACAUCUGACGGUGCUAGCAAGCGUUGAACAUUUUUCGCAGUCGUUCCAGUUUGUUUUCGCAAAAGAAGUAGAUUACAUUCCAUCUAGUUAUGAAAGCGCGGAAGCGUCACUGGAAGGAGGGGAUAGGAAGGGCGCAGUCGCGGCUAGGAGGCCACGGAGGGAACCGCGUUCACAGUGCAUGGCCCCCAUAGCGGAACCGACGGAGUUCCAUUCCGCCCGAAAAAUGCUAUUUACAAGUCUACUUAGUCUAUCGAUGGAUUGGGAGGGCGCAGGCAGGGCUCGAAAGAGGUGCAGGCAAGCGCGCAUGAAGUAAUAACUGAUGGGACCCCGACGGGUCUUUAAUAAAAAUUAUUUAUUAUUUAUUUAUUGACGUAACCGAGGCUGGCAUAUAAGCACCCCUCCACCCGGUGGUACAGUCAUUCGCUGGAUUAAAAUAGUGAGGAAGGCGCAGACACAUGAUGUACAGUGAGUGACCGUUCUCAGGAAAUGUUGGACGAAAUUCUGAAAUGCGAUUUCGAUUAGGAAGUAUUACUUAGAUGGGGUUGUAAUAUUUAUUAUCUUGAGGCCUAAUUCUAUAAUACUUCAGACUCGCCUGGAUGUCGACUUCUGAAUACACUUUUUCGACCUUUAGUAACCUCACUUGGUAAAAAAGUGACUGCUUAAUUAGCAUGCAUUUUUCACAUUGAUUUUCGACGGUCUUAUAAAUUCAAAUAUAUUUUAUAGAAAACAUGCACAAAAUAUGCUUUAUUUUAAUCUUUUGUAGAAAAUCAUGCUGUCUUCAAAUUUUAUACCCAAAGGAAGGGUGUCCCACGGCGUUAAAAGGUUUUUGUUAAGAGGCUUUUUCAUGAAAUGCACAACGUGGUCCGCACCAACUGUAAAAUUUUAUGAACUCUCUAUGGUAUAUUUAUAAAGGAACAAAGGACUAUGUGAUUUUCUUUACGCAUAAAAUAUGCACCUCGUGGACUGACAUCGAUUUACGCUGAUGCAACGGCUGAUUAAGCUCAAAAUUAUCUGGAAAUUGGAAAGCCUUUUCAGGGUCUAAAUCUACCCUCCUUUUGGGUAUAACACUUAAAGACAACAGGAGUUUCUACCAAAAGAGUAAAAGAAAGCAUGUUUUGUGCAUGUUUUUUAUAAAAUACAUUGGAAUUUAUAAGGCCAAUUACAAUCAAUGUGAAAAAUGUGGGCUAAUUAAGUAGCCACUUGUUACCAAGUGAGGUUGCUAUAGGAGGUUCAAAAGAAGUGCAUUCAAGAGCCGACAUCCAGGCAAGUCUGAAGUAUUAUUGAAUUAUGCCGCAAGAUAAUGAAGAUUGCAAUCCCAUCUAAGUUAUCCUUCAUAAUCGAAAUCACAUUUUAAAUUUCGUCCAACAGUCCUUGAGAUCGUUCACUCACUCCAUGUCAGUGUAAUCGUACCUCCUGGAAUUUUUUUAGGAAACCAACCAUAUGGUAUUAAUCAGGUGGGGCUGUAGGACCAAAACUCGGCUUGUGGUGUAUUAUAUCCAACUUUCAGUAUCGUUUACACGAUGUGUUGUAGAUUCGUGCAUCCUGCUUUCUACCACUUUUUACUCGCCCAUACUGUUCUGGUUGGUUAAAAGAGGACAGCAUCUGUACACCUAAGUACACGAAAAAUCAGUCUUUCUCUCUCUCUCUCUGUCGUCCUCCAACGCACACUGUCGGACCUAGAGAGAAAUGUCUCGUCUAGGUAUGCCACAAGCACAUACGGUAAUGAUUGGCGGUUCAGUCGGAGCCAGUGUUGACCCCCUAUUUUACGGUGUGUUUCAGGCACCGUUCUGAGGCGGGGUGGGGGAGGAAGAAGCUGCAAGUUACUUAAACCGACUUCGGUGGUACAAGAAAGCUAGGCGCAGAGUCUAAAUGCUGGCGUCCAUAUUUGCACACCAUCAGUUUUAAGGUCGGACAUGCUGGUAUCAGAGUGGGAGUGGGAGAUGACGGUCGCCAUGGUGACGCCUGCAUUUAUCUAUAUCUAUAAAUCUAACAUAUACAUGUAUUUGGCCACCUGAAGCAUCCAACAGUCACACCUAAAAUCUCUCCCCUCUGACAGAGCGUGGGUUUGCGAACUAGUAUGUACCGCAGCGGUUCCCAACUUCUUUUUUUCAAAAAGCCGCCCCCUGGUAACACCACGUGAAGAAGGGUACAAAAGUGGAGGAUAAAUGAACAGACGCCUAUUGGAAUCUGCGUUUCGAUAGUGACUACUGUUUACAUUGACUACAUGCGUAUGCCACCAGUACUGUCAGUCCGUCAGGGAAAUGUUUACGAAUUGCACGCGGGAUUGGCAGUCAACUGUUUUGAGUCGUAAAUUUCGUUCCACGUUUAGUGACUGAGGUGAGGUUCAAUUUGAUUCAUGAAGCAAACAUACUGAAGGCGCCAUAGUUGCGGAUAAUCACCCGUUGCGGUCUGUCUGGACUCAUCCUUGCAAGCUUGGAAGUUGAAAAAGGCACUAAUUCGCGGGAGAGACUUGCGCCACUUCAAUGUAAUCCGGUUUUACCAAGAAUUUAUUUACUAUUUCAUGCUCUCUCAUGAAUUCCUUCCAGAACGAUUGAACAGCACACGGCAAACCGCCCCGAAAGUUUAAAGUUCUUCUCGAUUAAGGGAUAUAAACACUCGGAGACUGAAGAACACUCGCAGUUUCUCGAAGCACGUCAAGUCGAAAAGUCGGCUCCAGAAAUUUCUUUGGGAAUAAUAACGCACCAGACCAAUUCUGCAUACCCUUUAAAAAGAUUCUCUAAAAGAAACGUAUGCUCACAGGGACAGACUUCGCUGUUGUAAACAGCGCCAAUUGACGUGGCCAGGCGGACAAAUUCGAAUAAACGUCAGUAGUCUCUCAGGAGACGGGUCUGUACUGACUGGGACGCCUCAAUUACACGACUCGGGUCGUAACCCAGACAGUGACUUGCAUUUAAAAAAAAACAACCCGAUCGCCCAAUGCCUAUUACCGGCAUUGCAUUCGACUGAUUUAGUUAGUUGAGCAUUAGGUCGAAGUAUAACCAUCCCCCUCCAAUCCACACAUCAACCUUCGAACCGAACCGUAUCCGAUGGACGCGAAAACGUCAUUGUUGAAUGUUUUUUUUCCUAUGCUUGUCUGAGUCAUUCUAACUAAGACAUUGGAACUCGCCCAUAGACCCAUACGUCGUUAUGAUUAAGCAUUAUACCACAGCAGUAGAGGUAGAUCUCCCCUAUGUUGUCGCAUGAAGGUACCACGUUUUUUUUCUACGACUUCACGGCGUGAACUGUCACCAAGCAAAUGAGUAAGGUGGGCAUACUUUCAGAUAUAUCAUCUUCAAGAUAGAUAGCAGAACAUCGAUUGAACCCCCUUAGUUAGGGGAAAUACAUUUGGUGAACAUACUGUCGAAAGUAUCACUUCUGAGUCUAAUAAUCAAAUAUAAACGUCUAUCCAACUAUGCAAGCGUGUGUAUCAAGUGGGUGGUUAUAUUUCGGUCCUGUUAAAAAUUUCACUUAGGAUGUAAAACUGAGCAACAUAACAUUGCUGCCCAAGUUCUAACCUGCUGGAUAUUGCAGUCGUAUGUAACCUCGCCUGACCCUCAAGCUGUCGUCCGUUAUCUGUCCUUAUCCUCUGCGGAGGCUAUUAAGUGAGCCCAAAUCUCGCACGAAUUUGUUAAAGACUGCCUUUUAUGUAGAGUACGGAAUAAAACAAAUCUGAAGGUAGCCAGACUGCUUUUAUUUGAUGCAAUCAACUAAAGGCGGACGAUGUCGGGCAUCCCGAUUGUCCGACUAAUAAGACACCGUUUCGUCUAAACGGACUCAUUAAAAAGGGGAGGUUUCCACUGACGUCACUACGGCAUGUCGGAAUGGCUGUGAACCAUAAAAGGCAUGUUACCAUGGGAGGGGAGAACAGAACAGUUCGAACGACUAAGAGUAGGUCUUAGGAGUAACGCUAAAUGUUUUAAAUUCUGAUGGCGCAUCACCAUCUCGUGGAUAUGCACUUUGCUUUCUUGCAGUUCUCCGUGGAAUUUUAGUUUAAUUCUCCUAUUUGACAAUGACAAGCAUAAGGGCUUUCAAAUUUAUUCGGACUACGCUAUUUUACGAAAGCAGAGAUUAUAGUCUUUCAAGAGGAUACAUCAAAGGAGUCGCUCACGUUGGAUUUGUUUCUCAUGGCACCAACUUGAGCCAACCUUACUAAUUGCACGUGCUGAAGCAAUUGCGGAAAAACGUGAUCCGAAUUGUGGCGAUGAGGGGAUUGGCUGCGCCAGCCCAUACAGCAUUCAAAACCAAUCAGUUUUUGGUGAAAAAUGGCAUGACAACGCUUUGUAACCUCGCUUACUCGUUCGACCUAGUCCUAUGUGACUUCUUAUUAUUCCAAAACUGAAGAAAAACCUAGGAGACAAGUGUUUACACGACACAGAAGAGUCUGAGAAAAAUCGCUUGAGACACUAAACAGCAUUAGUUCAGAAGCAUGUUAAAACGUUCCGAACAGCAGAAAACCAGAUGGGACAAAUGCAUAUCACUUAACGGACAGUAUUUUGAGGGAGACUAAUGUUCUUAAGGUGUUCUCUUUAAUAAAAACUGUAAAUAAGUAAUUCUUCCUUCUUGAGCAAACCUCAUAUUGACACUCACAGGCACAAUAAAGGACUUAUCUCGCGAAAGGUCAACAUAUAUCCUGGAAUGCAUUUUGAUUUGAAGGGAUAAAUUAAGUUAGCUCGUAAUACCAAGUAGCCUGCAGCGAGCAAAUUUUUCAGUUAGAGCAUGAAUGCCGGCUUUUAAAUGCUCUUCUUUCCGGCAGUCUGCAAAAAUCGUAUUUUUUUUAAAUGCGACCGCCUCAGAAGUAUGAUUUUCCGUUCCUUAUCUGUGCAAAUUAGGAAACAUAAACACAAAAUAGCCUUUCCUGUUCUCAUAUGGUAGCAGAUCAUUUUAUAGGAAGUAUAGUGUAAUUGUAGGCUUAGUUCAAAUUUAUUCGAGACUUGAAAAACUUUAUUAAAGUCAAAAGAGAAAGUUCUUAGGGCUGGCGUGAUCUACUGCCAAUUGAGUAAAAGGAAAGUAUUCCUGAACGCGUUUUCUAAAACACAUGUAUCAGUUUAUUAAUACAUAGAAAAUUCGACAGAAAAAUGCUACUAAUUAGCUAAUCCCACUUUAAAGAGUGUGGUUUUUGUGGACGCCGCAAAGAAGCCAGCCGGCAAAUUGGAGUUACUGAGAUAUCUUCAGAAUUUGUGGCAUGAUAAUCAGUAUUACAUUUCCUCCUAAGUAAUUCUUCCUAUUGGAGAAUAAACUUCAGAAUUUCCGUCAACAGUUCAUGACAGAGAUCAUUCACGGGCAAACGCAGUUUGACGUAGCAUGCGCAGAAAGUCCUGUAAUAUCACUUUACCUACUGGAAUGGAUUUUCAUAAGACUGCUACAGUGGGUGGGCUAACUCGUGAAAUGUCAACCGAAAUUCUGAAAUGCGUUUUCGUUUCGAAAAGAUUGAUUAAGUAGGGUUGUAAAACUAGUCAGUCUGCAGUAUAACUCUAAAAUAAUUCCGUUACAAUGGCUACUUUAUCAUUAUGCAUUUUUGUUAUUGAGUUUUGCUGUCCCUAAAUGUCCAAUUAUAUUUCAUCUAAAACAUGGAAAAAAACAUGCCUUCUUUCGCUCAGUCGAUAGAAACUUACGUUUUCUUUCAAUUUUAUACUUGAAGGAGGGACAUAAUUGGAUUUUAAAAAGUUUCUAAUUGUGAGACUUUUAGAUACAGUGCAAUCACCGUACACAAAACUUCAUGCCUCUGCAUUUACCAAUGUGCCUUGUAAAGUUAAGAAUAAGGAUCAAAUUCAAUGCUAAAUUUUAAGAAGACUAUAUGGUCUCCUACCAAUACCAUAGAGAAAUAUAUGGCUUUCCACACUCGGAAAGUAAACAGCUAGUAGUCUGAAAACGCUGAAUGCAAGUGUAACGGCAGGUAGGGUUAAAAAUUAUUAGGGAAUUAGAAAAGUUAUUGAAAACCUAAUAGUACCCCGCCUUCGAGUAUAAAAUUGUCAGAAGACGUAAUUUUCUGCCGAAUGAGCGGAGGAAUGAAUAUUUUUAUUCACGUUUUUCAUCAAAUAUAACGGGGCAUUUUGGGGGCAUCGAAAAUCAAUGAAAACAUGCCUGCUACAUAAGUAGUCCUUUUUACAGAGUAUAGUUUAUAUAUGCAGCCGGCAGGAAGUUCGUUCGAAAGCGGGUAUCCUAAGGUAACUGAAGCAUUAUAGAAUUAUGUUGCAGGCUGAAUAGUUUUACAGCCCUGCUUAAAAAAUUCUUUCGAAGCGAAAACGCAUUUCGUAAUUUCGGUUGACAUUUCAUGAGUUAGCCCACCUAUUGUAUAUAUGCACUUAGCUUUACUGCAGAUGGCUUCAACGACGCAUCGUAACUAUCGUUUGAUUAGGUCUGAAAACCUAAUGAAACCGAAUGAAACAGAUUAAAUGGCCACUUUUCGACGGAAUUGCUCUUGAUCGCACAAAUCCUGAGUCGUCUGUUCUGUGUGUACGUAUUUUUCUCUCAUUAAUUGUAAUAUUGGUUGGUAUUAGGUUUAGGGUUGAUUUCAGGACUGUUUCUUCCUUCCUAUGACCCUGCUGUUUUUAUACUGACUUUUAAACAUAUGUAGUUUACUGCGACAGGUAGAAGUUGCUAAAUCAGUUCAGGAUUUUUUUUACCACUAAACUCUGUCGUUUAGGCUUCUAUUUAGUUAAUUCCGGGAAUGGAGACUGAUGCGACACCGCUAAAAAUGAAUAAGAUGAAUCCGGGGACGAAAAAGCUUUAUUGGCCUGACGUUUCAGAUCCCCCCUUAAACGCAUCAGCAGAUAAGGGUGAUGGGAGUACAAAGAGUUCAAUAGUUAUAGGACGCAGUUGCCAUGCGACCACGUAUCAAAAACAAUUAACAGAACCAGUGUUCAUCGCUUGGGAUCGUAUUCGAUAAUAUAACAGCCUGCCAGUCCUGUCCCAUAAGUACUGCGCUUCUUGUCCUCCCAGCACCAUUUUCUGCGACUGUUUGUGAUGAUGGGUUCGAGGGGGAAAUUGGAGACGUCACACCAACAAACCUCUUGUUCCAGUGAUCGCAUCUUUUUCCAAAUUGACGGAAAGGUCACUUCGAAAAAAGCUUGCGAUCAGAUCCUCCCCGUUUGGAGGCGGAAAUUUUUUCAACGCUUUCAAACGAUAGUUACGAUGAGCCACGGAAAUCCUUCCAAGUAGGGCACCGUUGCGCCAUCUCAAGCUCUGUCAAUGAACUCACAUUAGCCUGUGAGUGUCAGUAUACUGGACGAGGACAGAGGGCAACUUAGGCAGCUACCGAAACAGCUCAUUGACGCUAAUAGCUCCUGCUGCGUUGAGUUCUUUAAAAAUUUUGUCAGAAGAAAUCGCAUUUGAAUAAUAAAGUUUAAAUCAUGCGUCUAGAGUUUGUGAGCUGUUCCUUUGUGUGCAUAGUAAGCUUACAAGGUCAUGUUGGGUCCUUUCUGGUUGCAAGCCAAUCGUCCCUCUCUCGGAAAGGCCUCUCUGGAAUAAAACCUCUGAGACAUGAUGAAGUAUCAAAUGGUGCGUGAAAUAACAUCCACCACGCCUAGUCUGCGCAGUGUGUUUGUCCUCCGCUAGCUCCUUCUUGCAUCUGUUAGACUACCAGUGGGAAGCCGAUUUCCGGUUUGGCGAUUGUGACGUCUUUCUUACCUAACGCACUGGAUUUAUGACUUUCAACACGCCACUCCCCCCCUGCCUGCAAUCCCGGUCCAGUCUUGACGUUCAAAAGGCGUGGCUCACGGUCUAAACCGGAUAUUAUUCCCAGUGUUGUUGGACAGUUCCACGCCAAUAGGGUUCCUUCAAAGUGACCUUUCCACCUCACAAAGUCUCUCGUUCGCCAAACCAGAGUUCAGUUGUAUUAGGACCGAAACUGUUGAAACAAAAUUCCAAAUCUGACAGUGUCAGGCUUGCUUUCAAACCUGAUUCAGGCAGGUCGCGUCGGCCACCAGGGAGCGCAGAUUGACCUACUGAGGCUUCAGCAAAUUCGUCUGUGAAUUCCAGAGGAGAUGUCAUUGUCCAACCCCGAGAAUAUGUCUAGUAAAAAUGUAGAGGGCGGAGAUCCUGUCCUAAAGUUUUACAUAUUCGUGAAACGCAAGUCGGGCGAGGCUUUAACAGUGACUUCAAGAAAUCCCUUUGUAUUGUUGGGAUUGAUCCAAAUAGAACUUAACUACUGUGGGUCGGUCUACAGUUUGCCUUGGUAUAGUAGAGUCUUCAUUCGAUGCUCAUUUAAAUUGUAUUUUACGAAAUUCCCAUACGCGAAGGGGAAAACGAUAUAAAACUGGUAAUUUUUAAAGUUGGGGUACGUAUUCGUAAAGUUUUCAUUUACCAGUUUCCCUUUUGACAGGCAGAUUUAAAAAUUCCUUCUGCCCUCAAAAACCCUCCCAGCAGAGUUGCAUAUGCUGCAAUUUCGACGUUUUUAUUAAGUGGCCCGAUUAAAGCAUACCAAAUUUCUGAAAUGCAUAAUAGAUUGAAAAGAAUUACUUGAGAAGGGUUGUAAUACUGACCAUCUUGACGCAUAAAGCCGUAAUGUUUCAGACACGCCAGGGCUUUGCCUCUUAAAUGCGCUCUUUUUCGGCCGCAUGCACUACCCGCACUCGGUAAAAAAUUACUGCUUGACCAGUGCCUCUUUUUUCUAUUGAUUUUUGAUGCCCUUAUAAAUUCGAAUCAGUUUUAUGGGAAAUAAAAGCAAAAAUAUUCGUCCAUGUGCUCAUUUGGUAUCAAAUCAUGUCUCCUUCAAAUUUCUUAGUCAAAAAUUGAUAUCGUUAGGUUUUAAAAAGUUUCUACUCAUGCGAUUAAGGUCGUGCAGUGUGGACUCAAGCGGCAUCUUAUUUGUCUGUUUUACAGUGCUUUUCAUCCUUUGCAAAAUUUUAUGUACCCUACAUAGCGUCUACUUAAUGGCAAAAAGGAAUGUAUGUUUUUUCUUACACGGAAGGUGUGCAACUGGCAGGCAAAAAUCCUUAAUGGAAAUGCAACGGCAAACCGCAAUCAAGAUCGUUCUAGAACUAAAAUCCCGUUUUCAAAAAAUAUCCCUUUCAUUGAUUAUAAGAUUUGUGGAAGACCUGGUUGGCAAAAAACGAGUAAAAGAAAGAACAUUUUUAUGUACGCCUUCUAAAAAAUAUAUUCGAAUCCAUAAGGAAGUCGAAAGUCAAUAAAAAAAUGCGUACCAGUUAAGUAGUAGCCUUUUUCUUGAGCGUGCAUAUUGUAUGUAAUUUAGAAAGUGCAUGUGGAAGCCAGUAUCUUGGCGUGUUUUAAACAUCAUGGCAUCUUGACGCCAGAUGACCAGUAUUAAAAGAAGACUUACGCGAAGCUUCCUAAUCGAAUACGUAUUUCAGAAUUUUGGUUAAUAUUUUAUGAGAUGGGCCACUUUAUUUUAAGUGACGGAUUAUCAAUCAGAAAUGGUAUUACCGACAAAGACAAGGAAGACUGGAAUGGCCAUUUCUGGCUUAUUAGCCGUCGUCAGCCAGCCAUACCCAAGCCUCGAACUCGCAACCUGUUGGUUUAGAAGUCCACGCCUCUACCCACCGGGCCACGAGCUUGUUGCCUUGUCGGUUUUCGAUCGGGAAUAUACAAAUGAGUAUCAAUCUUUCGUUCUCAAAGCUUUUAAAAUUUGAGCUGUAUGAAAAUCUGGCAGCUACAAUUAGUCGCUUCAGAAAACCUGCUUUCAGCGAUAUCCGAUCGCUGGGGUCACUGAACUCAUACCUGAAUCAUCCGUGUUGGCUGACUGAGUUGCUGUGAUUCAUGCUUUUAUCCACCUGGCAGCAAAAAGCGAUGACGAGGCUGAACGUUUGGUGACCGGCGUCGUGAACACGUGACGUUUGUUUUUCGAGCAAGUACCCAAUCACUGAAUGCGGUACUUUCUUACUGCUCGUCCAAGUGGUGAGUUGGCUCGAUUCACCUUCUUAGUCAACCCAUGCGCACUUGGAUUGGUCAGCUGAAGGUCGGCGGGGCCCAAUUGAAUAGCAGUCGAAGGACUGUCGACUUUAGAGUGAAAACGUUGUCUGUUCAUACAGAAAAUUCUGGUUGUCCUUAAAUUUGGAAAUAUGCCUCCGGUUAGGUUAACUUGCUGCCACUCACGUCGUUCAUCUCCGGGACAGACAAAACUGCAAGAGCAUGACUUUGAAAGUGCAAACUGAUAGUACAACUUAAUCCUUACCCUAAACGAGGAACAACACCGACCGACGUCUAGAGAGAGAGAAUAAUGACAGGUUGAUCUCACUGAGUACUUUUCUACCGUUUCUUCUGCAAUCCGUCCCUGUGUGACUUGAGUAGAUGGCAAAGUAUAAACAUUCUAUCCAACUCUAACAGUGUAGUUUAUGAAUACGAAGGCGGAAGCAUCCAGCACCCAUAUGCUGACAGUAAAUUAGGUCCGAAACAGGCAUUUGUACUUUCUGAUUUAUGGCGCAAGCCCACCCAUAAUACGAAGUGAUGAUGGGUGGGGCAUUACAGAAGAAGAAACCUGCUGUUCUUAGAUGUAUACAAGUGGCAUAUGAGCUGCACGUUUGUUUUAGUGUGUUAUUGAAAACACAUUUGGGGGAACAUUUCGGAUUCUACAAAUACCCAUUCCCUACUGUUAUUUAUUUAGGCACCACACGUCAGAGGACUUUCCUUGCAUUGCAUCGCAAUUAAGCAAAAACUUGUCUGCCUGCUCACAUACAAAACGUCUCGCGAGACUGAUCGAAAUCAUGCUACACGAACCUGCGGGCUAUCAACAGUUUGGACAAAGGCGCAUUCUCUUCUACAGAGGGUGAAGCCUCCCACGAUUUGGUUGUCGAUUUUAGGAUAUGAGUUACGCCUGUUAAAAGGCAGAUUUAUGCUACCGAAUAAUACCUUCGAGCAUGGAAGAAUUCGAUAGCCUUCAGUUGGGAUUUGGUUACCUUUAUAAGCACUGGAAGCUAAAAUCAAACAUUUUUGGCCGUUGCUUCCCCACACAGCUGACCGAAUCCUCUCAGUUAUAGUAGAUUCAGAGGACAAAACUGUGAACAUAAGCAUAGACGGUUUGCGUGAUGUUGAAACGAUGUACUACGGCAAGUGCAUCCAUCUGCGUUAGCGUAAGCGUUUUAUCGUAAUUCAUUUAUUACAUCCCGGUGGAAGAACGGCGGCCUAAUCGGGGGUACGCCCAUAUUCUGUGGAAACUAAAGCUAGGGUGAAUGAUGUGCGCGGAGAGUAUGUAUGUGCAAGUAAUGGGUUGGAAGAUGCGUUGCAUAAUUUAAGGAAAGGUGUGCCUUGUCGUUACAACGGUAAGGAAAUCUUCAGCUUGAAAAAAUAUUGUGGCUGGGCACAGGGAGGGCCGGGAUAGGCAUUAACGACUUGCUCACAGCCCAGCUUCGUCCGUAUCACACUAACAGUAGACAUUACAAAUAAAAGCGCUCCUGUUGAUCAUCAGUAGUAGGGUUCCGUUAUUUUAUUACUUAGCUGACGCCCUAAAAGUUGCGACCGGACAUAUCGACUUUUGUUUGCAGCGCGGCCUGAUCGCAUGAUAUUACAUUUUAGCGUGAGAAGAUACCAUACUGGUAGCACAAGUAGUAGCCAAAAACCCAGACGCGCGCGUUUCGACGAUAUUCUGCGGCUGCAUGGCACAGCUGCGAGUGGGUUCAGCUCAUUAGUGGAUCCCCCAGCAUUCCCCGUGUGUUUUCUGGUUGAUACUCCAGUUAAGAAGUUUUUGCUCUUUAAUGUCCCCAGAAAUUAGCUGCUAUCUUGAAGUAGAUCAGUUUAUACUAAGGUCUAUAGGCGCAGACCGAAGUUUGACGUAAGAAUAUUUUGGCCGAAUUCCACCAGUCACAGCGGGAUAAUCACUUAAUAUUCAUUAACUGCCGACAUGCAGCUAGUACUACAUUUUAGCUUUAGAAGAUAACAUACCGUAUUUUACUUCGGAGCCCUGAUUUAUGGACUUUGCAGAUGAUCUAGCGCAAAUGUCAGAUAGGGGGCAACAUUGCUCUAUAACUUGAAAUUAAAAUGACGGUUAGCAUUUGUAGGGAGAGGGUACUUGAUGUGUAUGCAGAGUUGAAGACAAGGUCGGAGACGAUUUCAGUUGCUGCUUGUUACUUAGGGAAGUGCUGUUCUAACAACCCAUGUAAUGGUGCUCGUCUGGACCUGCAGAUAAAAGCGGGUACAGAAGUUGACUGCAGGAAGAGAGUGAUCGUUGCAGUCAGAAGUGGAUACCUGGCAGGAAAAUAGCAAGUCUGCUUCCUUCGAUAGAUGUCCUCCCCUUUCUGAUCUCUCUUCGCUAGUUGAGCAUCUAUGGUCUGAUUUCCAAGACACACGGACUAGUGUGCACUGUUCCCACGUGAGCAUAGAUAUUUCCGACUUCAGGCGAGAGUCUAGAACUGUGUUUUCAAUGACAGAUCGCCAGACCUUAGUGACGUCAACUAGGGUUAAACUCCCAGAGACUUCUCGCAUGCGACUGUCCCGUUCGUGACUGUUAAAGGUAAAUAGGGGACAAAAGUAGGGUCGCAUCACGUGCAGAGCGCCCUCACUCAUUGAUUACCCGUUGCCAUGGCACCGACUUGGAGAGCUGAAAUCAGCACCUCAGGGCAAAGCAGAGGGUACACGAUUUUGUAAGCGACACAGAUAAAAACUCGGAAAUAAACGUACCUCAGAAAUGUCCAAUUCUAGGUUCUCAACAUGUUUCUCGCUUUGUUAUGCAUUCUUUGCGAAGGUUAUUUUCGCUUUAUAUUUGUCCAUGGGUUUUGCCUUCUGAGGCUUAAAAAAUUCAUUGGCGAGGUUUGGUCCUACAGCCUCACCGAGUGACACCAUAUAGUUAACUUUCUAAAAAAAAUUAGAUACAAAUAUGCUGACUUUAUAAAUAUAGCGUAUUUGAGUCUUCCUCACUAUUUUACUCCGGCGAGUGACUGUUCCACGGGGUGGGGGGGGGGUGCUUAUACGUCAGUAUCGGUUGCAUCAGGUAUCAGUUCACACGCGCCUCCCUCCGCGUGGUCCGAGCUGUGAUUACGCUCCCUUCAUUAUCCUAACCCAGCGAGUGACUAAGUAGACUUGCUAAUGGAAUUGCUCCGACGGUAUAGAACUCCGUCGGUUCCACCACAGUGGUCAUGCACUGCGAAUUACCAUGUGGUUCCCACAGCGGCCUUCCAAUUGUGAUUGCACACCCGAUACUCUCUUAAUCCAGCGAGUGGCUGUGCCAGGGGAGAGUGUGUACACGCCACCGUCACUGCGCGUGCUCCGACCCCUGCUUGCGCACUCUUUCCCUUCAUAAUUAAACGAGUGUCUUAGUUAGGCAUUUUAACUACAAUUGAUUUAGUAAUCAAAGCAUUUGGUAUCAAACAAGUGGGGCUGCAGAACCAAACCCCGCCGAUUUAUUUUUACUAGCACACAUCCAAAUAAACGCUGUUUUAUAAUAAGCAGCAUACUUCUUUGUACUGAAAUCAAAAAAGAUAAUUCUUCUCCAUUGGCCCUUUGGAUUUGUCUUAAUCAAAAUACUUUAAGACACCUGUAGUGUGAAAGAAAUGUGGAAACUUGAGAACCGCGGUCACUGACGACGAUUAAAUCUCAUUAGACCACAUUUUGCACGCUCUGACCCCUCAUCUCCCCCUGGAAGAUGGAGACCUUGCACAUCGGAAUGAAGAUGGGAGGUCAAAGAAACCAAAUGCCAUUAAUUCGGCCAAUUCAAAGUACGAGAAAUGUUCUUUGAAGCGAUUGAUAGGGCGGACGGCCUGUCGGUCAUGAAACGAGGUGUUGGAAGGCGCUUGGGCAUCUAGCUGCUGAUGCAGCAGAAGAGACUGUACCCUCAAGAAGUAGAGGGGACAUUUGUAAAGGAAACGGAAGCUGGGGAGGUUGUGGGAGGCGGGUGGGUGGAUGCCAUCAACUGUACUGCCAGAUAUCCCUUCUGAAUAGGGUGUUUAUCGCUAUGUCCAAAUCCGUGCUGAAGGCAUUCAUAAGUAGUUAUAAGUCCUUCUGUUUACUUCAACUCUCAAGCAAGCUACCUGGGCGUGCUAAUUCUAGUGACUGUUCGUGGUUGGAACAUUUAGGGCCAUUGUUGGAGGGAUAUCCGGAAGCUUUAUCCUUUUGGCCGUUCUGGGUCGGUUCAGAAACCAUCUCCGUGGUCAAAAGCAUUGACAGUAAAACAACUGGAAUAUUUGACGCGUAAAGUCCCAGGUCACUGAUAUCUGUGCAUUUUGAAACCAACGUCUUGGCUGUCCUGUUAGAUGCUGCUUAUAGACUCAGUCGUCUUAGGUGUUUACGGAGCGGAGGUUCGCACUGCCUACCCUGGGCCUGUUAGCGUUUCUGGAUUGGUUUUAAAGAAGCUAAUCUUUUUGUGCAGUUCUUUGGGUUGCCGCGGUGGAUACAAAAACGCCUCCCAGGAUUGCAUCAAACCCUAACAGAGCACUGAAAAUAAGGUCACAUGGGAGGGAACUGAAUGCGCGCGGGACGUUCCCUCAGAAUUUCAGCAUCUCUUUCCUGCCCGUUCACAUUGUUUUCCCCCCUCCUACUUGGCAGUGAACUGUAGGUGUUACUCACCUUCCCUAGGGGAAUUGAAUUAAGCUUGCCUUGUUUCCGCCUACAGAGAGAUAACUUAACCGGCCCUUCAAGUAUGGCGUCGGUCGCCGACGAGAGACCUAAACCGACCAUCUCAGCGCCGAAAGUUGUCCCGCCCGAAACUGCCGCCAGACCUAACUCCCUGGGUCUGAAUGUUGAUGGCUCAGCGGAAGUCGCUCAGUCAGUUAAGUCGCCGACCGCCCGUCUCACUGAUCCCUUCGCCGCUCAAGUGGAUGCAGCCAAUGCAGAACACGUUGCCUACCUACGGACUAUGAUUUCAAGUCUGUUAGACAACCAGAUGACACUCUCCUCCGCUCUAGACGAAACUCGCGAGGCCUGUGCACAACUCAGUCUGGUGAGUUGACACGACUGUGGUUAUUUUUUAGUCAAUUAAACCCUACUAUUAGCAAAAGCACGGGGAACUACGGUGACUCUUUUGACCGAUAAGCUGUUAUCAAUCAGCCAGAAUGGUUGAAGACGGUUAAUGAACCGGAAAUGGCCAUUCCAGUUUCCUUCGGUUUUGUCAAUAGUAACAUUCUACCGACCUAAGCUCUGACGGCUGCGAUUGGGAAUUUUCAGAGUUCUAAUUGUAGGGGGUAUGCGGUGUCCCGCUAUGUUUUAUUUUUGUUGCCUGGCAUGCAAGAGAGAGAGAGAGAGAGAGAGAGAGAGAGAGCAGUAGGGAAUGUGGUCCUCACAGCUUGCGAGAAUUGAAGCGCUCAUGCGCGUCAGCACUUAAGACAGGCAGUCGAUCAACUACCAAUCAAUUCACGUGACGUAGAGUUUUACACCAAUCACAAUGCCAAAAGCUACGCAUACUUCGCGAAGCGUUUGAGAUUGUGAAUUCGAACGCCUGAUGUUCUGACAUGGCCGAUACUACUUGAAAAAAUUGAUAUAUUGAUUUCUAAAUUACAAAACGUAGUGCGAUUCUUAUAAAUUAAAAAGCCCUUGUUUAACUGAAUGGGAUUUUCCGAAUAACAGAAAUGAAUUUUUGUUCGCGCCUCCUAUAAUUAGGUAGAGAAGUAAAGGCACGAUUUCCACAAUUCCCAAAUAUUGUGGCUGAUACGGGAAUACUCAGGUUUCUGCGCGAUAUUCCUGUGAUAGUCUAAAUUUCUCCAAAUUGUGAGGGCGUCUGAAGCCCCAAGCAGAAGCUCAGUUAAUACUUUCGCACUCAAAAUAUUGUUUGGGGAAAAUUCGGUCACUAUUGCAGAUAGGGCGUUCAGUAAUUUGGUUACGGACAUGCUUGUCGCGUUUUGUCGCGGAGCUCAAUCUAGAACCCUUUCAGGCAAUCGUAAAGAGGCUAGGAAAUGUGCUGACGCAUGAAGUGAUAAAAAAGUUCUGAAAUGUGUAUUCAGCUCAAAAGGCGAUUUAAGUAGGGUCGAAAGUUUAAUUAUCCUACGGCAUAAUCUCUAGGUAUUUCAGUUACAUCAGAAUGGCGGCCGCCCGUAUUAAUGGCACUCCGUAAAAAUAUCUACUUAUGUAGUAUGCAUUUUUCGCAUUGAAUUUGGAUACCCGUGUAAUUUCAAACAUAAUUAGUAGAUAACACCUACAAACUAUCAUUUUUGUACUCGUUUGGUGGCAAAUUACAUCUUCUUUAAAGUUUGUUCUUGAAGUAAGAGUUUCGUUCUGCCUUAGAGAAAUUUUCAAUUAUAAGUUUCUUCGAUGCCCCUAACUGUUCAGCCAAACAGCAUCACGUCAGAACAUUUAUUAAUGCUGCUCUCUUAACGGACAACGUGACCCAAAUCCAUUUUAAAAUUUUGUGAGCCCGAUAAGAUAUAUUUUCAACAGCAUAUAGAAAUGUAAAAUUAUCCGUACGCUGGAAACCCUGAACGAAAGUGAAACCGCAGGUUGGCUGUAAGGUUGUUCUGGAUUUCAAAAAUUUUCGGAACCGAACGAUGCCUUUGCUCAAAGUAUGCCCUUAAUAAAUGAGUAUAAAAAGGAAUAUCUUUAUGCUUGGUUUCUAUAAAAUAUUUGCAUUUAUAAGGACAUUGAAAACAAAUGGACAAGAUUUAUAGUUAUCAAGUAGCCAUUUUUAAAAGUUUUGGCAUUUUCAAAGAGCCGAGGAGAUGCUCACUCAAAAGCCAGCCUUCUAAGGUGACUGAAAUACCCUGGGAUUAUGUAGCCCGAUAAUUAAUAUUGUAACCUAACUUAAGUAAAAUUUGCGAGUUGAAUACGCAUUUCAGAAUGUCGGUUAGCAUCUCGUGAGAUAGCACACCCACUGCAAUAAACUAAGCAUUCCGAAUAUGUAUGGCCUCAGUCCUUCUUUUCCGGUGUUCCAAUCAGAUCGGUGGGCAAUCAGUCAGCUGUGGUAGUGGAGGACCCCUGGGCUAUGACAUCUUGACAGACCCUCAGGCCACAUUCGCUGUUGGAGUGCAAAUCUGCUGGUAUUUAGUCACAGGUUGGUAGGAUAUGAAUCUCCCCGAAAUAGGCCCCUCCCUCGGUUUGCCCAUCCUCCGCCAAUUUACUCUAGAAAUGGUUGCGAUUUCUUAAUGAGGUGGACUGCUCAUAAAUAAAGGCUAAAACGACUCUAGAGGCGGCUGAAGUCCAAUAGUCGCAGAAUACUGAAGCUUUCUUGCUUCAGAAUUGUGAAAAUCCCCAUAGCUAUAUUCGGAAGAAAAGGUGGCGAGCGAACGUUGCUUUCGAUAACUUCUCAUCAGGCCAGUACAGUUAUAUGGGACGGGGUACAGUGAGUGAAACAAAAAUCGAUAAAAUUUAGGUUUUAAAUUACAGGCUCGACAAGAGUGGAGGGGCGCAGAAAUUUGUUUGUGGUUAGUCAACCUUCAACCACGGCAAGCGCGGAGCCUGAACGGGGUUCUUUUGGGCGCAAAGGGUCGGUUUACGUAACCUGAUGGCGGCCGCUUCUGCUGUUGCUAACAGGCGCUGGCACAGUAGAUUAGGGUAGCUCGAGGGGACCUUAUAAAUCCCACGGAAUACUUCAGUGGGGUCCACACGAUGCCCUGAAUCCACUGCAUGCGCAAGGAUGACGCUGCCUAUUCUCCUAGUUCCACCUUUUGCCAGCCAUGCAGGAAGAUGCUCUCGUAUUCUUUUGGAAAGGCGCCGACUCGUACGACCAAUAUAACCUGCUCCACAGGAGCAAGUGAAUGAGUAGAUGCACAUCGAAAUGGUCUGGGGUGGCAACUUAUCCUUACCUUCUCCGCGUAAAAUAGGCUUAGUAGAGAAUGAUACGCGAACCCUUGCUGCUGGGAAGGUUCCCGAGACGGCUUGGUCAAGGCGUCUUCUUCUUUCGUGUUUCAAUUCCACAGGUGUGCCUUCGGAACACUAAACACCCUCCGUUUAUUGAAUACUGUUUUAUAGUUAACAACGUAACUGAUGAAAUGCCACGAAGUUCUCACAAAAAACAGUAACACGAAGACCAUCCAUCCCGUAUACUAGACUGUGUUCAAAUGAGAGCAUAGUUUAGUUUAUAAACCAUUACGAUUUAUUAGCUGCAAAACAAUUAUUUUACCGAAAAUCAGCACCUCAAAUCAUUAAUUUUCCGCUAAAUAUAACCAACGUUAAGGAGGCCAUUUGCAAAGAAAGGGGAAAAUAAUAAGAGCUAAUAAUACAUAAAAUAUGGCUUGAGCAUUUAUUUCAUUCUUAUGUUACAUGUAAUGCUAUAGUGAGCCUGGCCGACAUGAAAACUACUAAGUUAUCGAUGGGGGAUUAGAAUACACAAUCAUCAGGUACUAAGUCUAGCCUACCCUGCGUCGAAAGAAGUUUUCUGGACUUGAUCCGAUUUUUUUACCAUUGGCGGAAGACUUUCGGAAGAAGUUAGGUUCAGGCUAUUGGCGGGGAUAAGAAUGCUUCUCAGGCCGCAGGCGUAGACACUGACUGUGAUCCAAAAUAAGAUUACAGUCUUUAGCUGUUUUGGCGUUCAAGCAAACGGCCUUAGUCCGUGGCACUCAACAUCGUCUAAAUUUACUAGCAUAUCAGAAGAAUUCUGAUUUUGCCUAAAGUUCUAAUGUUUCCCCCUUCAAAAGCAGCUUUGAAAGGACCUUAACUUUAUUGAAAGGUCCUCUGCGUCUAAAAGUAACGUAAUGAACAAAAAUAAAAACACCGCAUAUACUCCAUACUACUCAUGCAGGAUUGCGUUACAACAUCUUGUAAGUUGCGUCGCCUACUGCGGAGUUAAAAAUCCUCCCUAAACAAAACCAGAUAGCAUUGAUUCCCAUAUGCUGAGAGAGAUCACACUGAAAACAUAGAGGCGUAGGAAUGCUGACCCAGAGACUGCGAACCAGUGUCAAAAUAGGGACAGAGGAGCCGGCUACUCCUCCCAUCCGAACCCGACAGGACCCACAAAUCUGUGUUUUAAACAGUUAAUGGCAACCGUAGGGUGGAGGACCCCACUUGACUGUCAGCAGACUUGAGAUCAGGUCAUACGGAGUUUUAUCCUGGCAUCCAUCUGCAGGCCGUUGCAGACAUUACGCUGCCACCAACAAUUACUUCCUAUGACCUCGAAAAAUUACUCAAACUCCGUUAUUUUUCGAUAAUUUUGCUUUUUUGCCUAUUUUCCUAGUGAGUGCGUUCACUUUCCUCGCCAAACAAAAGCGUGCGGUUGGACUUUUGGCAGAAAUCCAAACCAUUUUUGUAAUUUCUCGCACUUCUUCAGCUUACUGUCUAGCAUGCUGCUUACCCCUCAACCCCCCAUUAUCCCCAUUCGUCUGUGACGCGAUCCACAGUCUACCGACAGUUAAGUUGGGUUCUUUACCCUACCGUUGCCCGGUGAAUAAAUCAACUGCCCCCUACCCGUUUUGGGUCCCUCCAGCCCAGACCAGGCCAGGUGAGAACACCGGAUAGGUUGGUGGUCAAUUUCCACCGUAAAGUGAGCGACCGCAUGUCUUCCGGGUGACCUACGCCUAGUCAGAUCGCUCUCUGUUUCUCCUAAGCAUACCAGCAAAGCCUCAGCCUUGUUAUGCUUACAAAGUCCACAAGGACGUCAAUCGCUGACGCACCCCGAGGUAGUCGGGGGCUGUGUUUUUAUGGGGUCGUAAAUAGUAGUCACACCCUGUAUGACUCAAUAGUCCUGACGCAUCGGACUACGGCGACGAUUUAUAAACAAUUGUCCAGCGCGCAGACCACGAUUACGCAGAUGCGACCAACCUACCAUAUACCGACGCAGUUACUGCGUUGGGGCAGCGGACUAGGCCACCAUUCAGGAGUCUUGGCAAGAAUGUUACGAAAAACUGCGAAAAUGCAUCAGAGGCGCAACGCAUUAACGCAUAACGUAACCCAAAUAUGUGACGAUUGUUCAUUCCCGCCGUAUAUGCAAUGUGCGAAGCUCAACUGUAUUCUACUUAACAGAAAAGUCUUAGACUUCCUAAAGUAUGACGAACUGGACAGGAGAUUUGCGUCGUAUGUUUUUUUGGCAAAGGACAACAGUUGUUAAUUAUCCCCUGCAAGAAUCAGCCAAUCAUCCCAAUUUUGGCUAGGGCCAAUUUUCGAUAUCACUUGGUCCUCCUUAAGCCUCUUGCAACAAACGCAUAGAGCCUUUGUACUUUUAGGCCUGAUUUGGACACAUUUCGCUUGCUGAUUCUCCUUAAAUCUUUUUAACCCACAGUGCCGAACCACCUCCGAGACAAUUUUUGAAGUAGAGUUGUAAACACGCGCCUGCAUUACCGGGAUACGCCCAAAAAACAUUUUUUGGGGUUCAUUAAUGCGCUCGGAGUUUCCCUUAGUUGCGAAUUAAAUUUCAAUUAACUGCGCAGCAGAGGGUUAAUUAUCGUGAAGAAUAGAUUGAAGCUUAAAUACGGCUUGUUGUGUGAAUAUACCGUAAGACACUGGUUAAGUCUCAGGGUUUGGUUAGAAAAUUCCGGUUUUAUGCUUAGACUCUAUGCACUGCAGACUGCCACGGUAAUCUAACCACCGACCGAAAUAUAUAUCGUUCGAUGAUUCGCCAAACGCGUAAAAUUAUUAUAUGCCACGCAUUUUUUGGAAAGUGGACGUUCUUCGUGAAUUUAGGAGGCUGGUUAGGAAGUCAACUUAAACCGUUUCCAUUAACAGGUUUGACAUUCAAAAAGACGUCUGACGAAAGAAAUGAUAAUAAAUUAGAUGCCUUUUUACACAAAAUGUCAUAAGUUGACAAAAUGACGCAUUUUUGACAAACGCAGAUUGACCUUGGUGGCGCCAAUCGAUCAAGGCAAACCGGUCUGCGCGGGACACGGAGAUUUGAAACAAAAAUCGAUAAAAUGAUUUUGGCACUUCGAAAAAAGUCAUGUAUGCUUAAUGCGAAUUAAAAAAACGAGCAUGGUUAAACGGGGGUUAUACAAAGCAUAGACCCUGGAAUUUCUCUGAGUACAGCUUUCCAGGCAAGAUAAAGUACAACCUUUCAGAAACUGGUGAUGAUCCUCUUGCUACGCAAAUGAGAAUUUUUCAGGGACCGGCCUUUGACUCUGUUGAUCCCUUGAUCGUGAAAAAAUAUGUAGAUGUUUGGAGUCUGAUUUGUGGCAUUUCUUUUAAAUCGGUACCGCAAUUCUGGAUAGUAAAACGAUACAAUCCCGCGUCGUUCUGAACAUCCAAUACCUUUUGAACCAAUGUCUGCGUUCUUGGACAGCUGUCUUCACGUCAGGACGACUGUGUGUCACAUAGCGACAUACACUGACCGAUUUUUUAUGCUCUGUUCUUGUCGCUGUCCUCAAACAAACUGAAAUAUCCACACAUUCGUUUUAGGAAAAACCAUACGGUUGUGCACAGCUUCCGUGGACUAGAAGAAGAAACAGGAAUUUACACGGGGCUGGAAUUCCCAACUUUGUUUGUAUUUGAGCCAUGGGUUGUUACACUAUCAUAACGCGCAGCAGGAGUCCAAUAGGGAUGCAUGACACACGUCAGCUGGGCUACGCAUACGUAAUAAAUGUCUCACAUGUAGACUGCUGUGUCACGCCAAGGCACAGGCCCAAACCACCCAAGCCACUUAAAUCAGAUGACUGGCGGGCUCGAACAGCGGAUCGAUAUCUUGGAGCAGGAAGACAGUCUGGUGUAGACCCUGGGGGACUGCAUCCCUCAGGUACUUCGGCGCAUUUCCUUAACAAAAACCUGUCGUGCACUGAAACUAUUUCGACGCGCUAAAGGCCGUAACUUGGAAGGCUGCCUACUGAAGGGAUAACUCAGUCCUCUGGGGACGGAAAUUGAGGCUGCAGUAAUUCCACCCUAAUAUGGCGUCUGUGGCACUCCUACAUAACUAGGGUCCCAGCCCCUGCUUCUUACCGUGUAAAAUCCUGAUCUUAAUUAUUUGGACCAGGGAAUUUGUAGCGUACCUAGGCGCGGGUUUACGCCAUGUCAGCCACUUGCGCACGAUCCCGCCCUACGGUCUUCUUGACUCUCUUUUGACACCGCACCCAGGAGGAUGACGAGGGGAGAGUGCAAUAGAUGCAGUACAAGUCCGCCACCACAAAAUAAAAAACGCUGGCCCGAAAAAUAGUAAAUAUUAAAUGCGUGGAAUGACAUUGUAUCACCUGUAGUCGUGAGCGGCACCGGCUUUAAAAACAUUCCAUCAAUUAGAUUUUAAAUAUCGAUCGGUUGCUGGACAGCUCUACUAUAAUAAAUAAAAGGAUUUCUCCAAUCUUCGGAAGGAAGCUAUCAGAAAAAUUCCGGGACUUAUGCCUUGCAUGACUCUUGAUAAACUGAUUUUGGCCAUUUUAUUUGCAUUCGCUUUUCUGUCACAUGUUUAUCCUCCUCGAGGUCUUUGUGCUCGCACAGCUACGGAGAUAUUUUAAUUAACUUUCUGCCUAAACUAUCCGUGCUUCUCGCGGACCGGUCUGUGUUUAUCAUUUGGCGUCGAAUAUGUCAACCCUCAUUGGUCCAACGUUUGCAAUAUGCAUAUUUACAGUAGGCGGGCUAACUCAUGAAAUACCAACCACAAUGUCAGCCGACCGAAAAGAGUAAUUAAAUGGGGUUAUAAAACGGAUCAUCAUGCAACAUAAUUCUAUCAUAAUUCAAUUGCCUCAGGAUUCCGGCUUUCAAACACACUUCUUUCCUGCUGUAUGCAAAAAUUAUACUCUGUAAAAAUGACUACUUUAUUAGCACGAAUUUUUCCCAUUAGUUUUCAGUGUCCUGGAGAAUUCAACUAAAUUUCAUAGAAAAAUGAAGAAAAAUAUCCAUUCUUUCGCUCAUUUGGUAAAAAUUGCGUCAUCCUUAAAGUUCAUACUCAAAGAAAGGGCUUAAUUUGGUUUUCAAAUAGGCUUCUAAUUCUCGAAUAAUUUUGAACCCGACGUUCCGUUACAAUUGCAUUCGGAGUUUCCAAACUGCAAGUCGUAUGUUUUCCGCUCGCGAAAAGCCAUAUAUUUCUAUUUGGUGUUAAGAGGAGACUAUAAUGAGUUCAUGAUAUUUGGCAGUGGAUUUGAACCAUACUGUUGACUUCACAAGCCAAAUUGGUAAAUAAAGAGACCUGAAGUUUGAUGAACGGUCAUUUCAUGGUAUUGAAAAAUCUCACAAUUAGAAACUUCUAUAAAACCAAAUUAAACACUUUCUUCGAGCAUGAAAUUGGAAGAAGACGUAAUUUUCAACUUAGUGAGCAAAAGAAUGAAUAGUUAUAUGCAUGCUUUCCACGAUAUAUAGUCGAAAUUGUAAGGGCAUCGAAAAUCAUUGAGGAAAAUGCACGCUAAUUAAGCAGUCAUUUUUUAGAGAAUGUUGUUUUUGCAUGCAGCCGGAAGGAUGUUCACUCGAAAGCCGGUAUUCUGAGGUAACUGAGUUAUUAUACAAUUAUUCUGCAUGAUGAUUAGUUUUAAAACCCUGCCUAAUUAAUCUUUUGGUAAAGAAAACGCAUUUUGGAAUUUCGGUUGACGUUUCCUGAGUUAGCCCACCUACUAUAAAUACAUAGAAGAAGAGUAACUGACAUAAGCAAGGCAGACUGCAUGGACUUAUCCGGCUUAUUCAUCGCACUGUUAACGUCGCUUACUUACCAUACAUCUAAUACAGUGUACAUCAUGCGGAAGUGGUAGUGGGAAGUGGGUAAUGUCUGACAACAUGAAUAUGGGAUAGUCCAAAAAAGGGAGAGUCGGAUGACCCUUGUAUGUCUUUAAUUUUCAAAGAGUAAGAAUCCCGUACUCGAGUCCUUGGCCUCAGCACCAACCGCUCUCUUUUCCGUGUUUUUUUGAGCAAAGUUCUCUGCCGACAACGUCGAGGCAGUUUUUGGAUGAAUGCUGGCAGAGUCUGACGGCUCUCCCUCCCUCAUCACGCCAUUCUGUCAAGCACUGGUUAUGAGGCGCAUACCACUCGGUGGCAUUCACAUCAUGGGUGGUAUUGUGAAAUCGGUGAGAAGGGACCCUUUUAGCAAUCCAACGUAACCAUGUGAGAAGCGCUGGCGCAAGCACGCGCACCACGUCAUGGCAGGAAACUUUUUUGUUUUUAGCCCUCCUCCUACGAAAGCAAAAUUUACCACCUCAUCAGCUGGGCAGAGAGCCAGUGUCUGCGGGGAUUCCUGUAAGCUCUGACCAAAAUCCUGACUGGCAUGUUUGCGGAGCUGUGCGCGUCUGACUGUUUCGCUGGGGCAUGGAGGCGGGGUGGGGGAGGACGUGUCGUUUGCUUUUGACCGCCCUCCCCCCCCCCGACAAUUCCAUUCGGUUUUAGAAAUUUUAUAAAGUUAGAGCUUUUUUCACGCGUUUCGUACUUUACAGCUCCUGCACUGGUGAUUUGAUCGUCUGCCGGUCUAGUCUGCCAUUCGCUCCUGUAAGGUCUGUUUCCACAGUGACCUCGAUUUGGGUGCAUGGUCAGGUCACUACACACACACACCAACAAAGAGGCACCGAAUAUGAACACCUGGCCUUACUUGUGCGUAGAAAACCUGCCUCCACCCUACCAGAACCGGCAAAGCAGUCAAGCCUAGUUAAUCAAAACUCGACUGCAUUUGGGGUUUCUGUGACUGUUCUUUGCGCUUGACUGCCUUCCGCCGUACACAAGUAAUCCGAGUGACUUGUAGCCCUAUCGACAAACGCCCUUCAAAAAACGACAGGAAAAUGGAUCUGUACCCAAUAGUAGGACGUUGGACCUAACGCUCCAUAAUAAAAACAGCCCGUUUUUAUUAUCACUUGCCUUAGAUGGUACAUAUAGUGGAUGUGACGUCUCAUUAAAUGUUAACCGGAAUUCCGAAAAAAAUUUUUUCGACUGAAAAAUAUUACUUUAGUAGGGUUGUAAUAUUAAUGACCGUGCGGCAGAACCCCAAGAUAUUUUCAUUAGGCCAGGAUAUCGGUUUUUGAAUGAGCUUCCUCUGUACGAAUCUUCCCCAUUGAUCUCCAAUACCCUUAUAAAUCCAAAUGCACAAACAAUUUCCCUCUUUUAUUAAUUUUGUAACUAAUUAGGCCUUCAAUUUUUCCACUUAAAGAAAGCGUAUCUUGCUGUUUUCAAAAAACUUUUCGAUGCCCUAGAACUUUUGCAACAAGCCGAGUACAAGGAAAAAUAUUUUUUACAUGUUCUAGCAAAAUAUGACUGAAUUUAUAAGGGAAUCUAAAAUCAAUGGGAAAAUUCUUGCUACAUUAGUAGCCAUUUCUUACAGAGUGCAGUUUUUGAAGACGGCAGGAAAGAGGCGCGUUUUAAAAGCCGGCAUCCUAGCCUGACUUAUAUGUCUUAGGAUUCUGUUGCAGUACAAUUAACAUAACAAACUUAUUUUGGGAAUUCUCUGGGUUGAAUAUACAUUUCAUAAUUUCGAUUAAAAUUUCUUGAGAUAAGACACUUGCCGGUCUCUUUGCGAUUACCUGAGAGAGUUCUAGAUUGAGCCACGUCCGGUAAACAGACCAGUGAACGCCCUUUCCACAUUAGUGACCCAAUUCUUCCCAAACAAUAGUUUGAAUGCACAAAUAUCACCUGGGCCUCUGCUUGAGGGCUUCAGACGUCCUCACCAUUAAAAGGAAUUGAGAUUAUCUGAAGGACAUCCUGGAAAAACCUAAUUUUUCACGGAUCGGUUUCUGGCAAUUUUAUAUGAGGCACAAAUAAAAAUGUGUUUUUUGUCAUUCGGGAAAGUCUGCGCAGUCAAACAAGUGCUUUUAAUAAAUAAGGAAUGCAUCACUGUUUGGCGACUCUUUAAUUUCCCCAGAAAUUAAUUGUUAACUUAAAACAGAUUAACGUGUUUGUGACUUACAGACCCAGACUGAAUUUUGAUAUGAAUAUUUGGGCUGAAGUCCAUCUGCCACAACGGACUAACCGAGUAAUAGUCGUAAACUGCCAAAAGACAGCCGUUAGUAUAUUGUUAGUUAGCACAACCUACCCUACUUUGCAGCACAGGUAGUAGUUAAAAUUUCGCCUUGAAAACAUGUGUCUCGAGUAGACUGAUCUAAUCCGAGUACCCAAAUUAUUUCUGAGGAAAGUAAAAAAACUGCAAUUUCAAAAUUAGAGGAUCUAACAGAAAGCUCACGAUGAACGUUCGGGGACCCACUGAACCGCCGCGGCUGUGUCCUGUAGCGGCAGAAUAUCGGUGAAACACGCUUGUCUGAGCUUUAGCUAGUACCUGUGCUCUAAAGCCUGUUAACAUAAUGCUACCACAUCAACCACUCGUUUAUAAUCCAAACAUUUGAAGACUAUUUUUUGCAAGCACAGUCGAUCAUAUCAGAACAUUUGCCUUCGAAUUCUCAAUUUAAAAGUUUCUUUGGAGCCUACUCUGUUAGCACUUCGUUCAGCUGCUGAGCAAGUUGUUAAAAUAUGUCGCUUGCUGUUCGCGUAUUGGCCACAAUAUUUUGAGAUUAUGGAAAUCAUGCCCAGACUUCUCUACCUACUUAUAGGUGGCUCGAAUAAAAAUCCCUUUCUUGUUAUUCGGGAAAACCCCGUGCAGCUAAACAAGGGCUUUUUAAUUAAUUAGGACUGCAAUACUCUUUGUAAUCUAGAAAUCAAUAUAUUAAAUUUGUUCAAAUAGUAUCAGUCAUGUCAGAACACAUGGCGUUCGAGUUCGCAAUCUCAAACGUUACGCGAAGUAUGCGUAGCUUUUGGCAUUGUGAUUGGUGAUCGGAGUAUCUAACAGAAAACGCACGAGGGAUGCUGUGGCACCCACUAAUGAUCUGAACCCCCCGCGGCUGUGUCAUGUAGCGACAGAAUACCGGGGAAGCACGCUUGUCUGGGCUUUUGGCUAAUACCUGUGCUGCAAGGCAUGGUAACAAAAUGCUACUAUACCUACCACUGGUUUAUAAUUUUUACAUUUGAAAGCUAGUUUUGGCAAGCACAGUCGGUCAUAUCAGAACAUUUGCCAUCGAAAUCUCAAUUGCAAAUUUCCUUCGCACGUCUGUCACUUGCUGAGCACGUUGUUGAAAUAUGUCAAUCUGUGUUAGGGAAUUAAGACAGGGAUGGGAGACAGCACUUUUGCGCCAAAUAUACCCCUUGAUACUUUGUAGAUGUCCGAUUCCUAAAUUACCUUUAUGUGCAUGCUAGUUUCUGAAAAAAAUAACGGACCCUUUGAGAAGGUUGUAGACGAUGCGACUGGUGGCGCAGUUACUUGCCAAUAUAACUGUUGGCAAAGGGCUAAUUUAUACACAGUCGCCCUUAAGAGUACCUGGUAGCAUGGCUCGAAUUUUGGUCCUUAUGCUUUAUAUUUUAGAGAAAUGCGAAUAAAAUGUAGGCCAGCAGAGGAUGAAAUGUCGCUUACAUGUAACUUGAAAGGAAGGACAAGGUUUUCCCGUGGAUGGUUUCCGUCGCGAGAAAAAAAUUCUGGCGAUUCUUGAAGUAGGGUCUUUCGAACUUCCUUGUCAAUGUAGGCCUCCAUAUUGAAAGAAUAUAUAUGUGUCCAUAACACCAUGCUUACGACAGUUCACCUGUCUGCCCUAUCCCCGAUAGUUCGUUUUGACAAUGUCCACCGUGUGCUCCAGAACAGGCUGCGAGCAGGAAUGGUGACUUGUGCAGAAGUUUAGUUUAUAGUGGUGGGAGACUUGUACUCUCUUCCCAACUUCACACCUGGACCCGGUGUCAAGAGAGGGUCAGGAAGACCGGAGGGGAAGGAGGGCGCAGGUGGAUGGCAGGUCGAGCCCGCACCUUGGCGUUCCACCCAACAUCGCCCUGGUCCACACAACAAAUAACCAGGUUUUUGAUCAACAGCAACAACAAUGGGGGGUGGAAGGGUCCCAGUGUGCGCGACUUACGCCGUCAACCGGAUAUGCCCCCCCCCCGGACCCGAAAAUGUUAGUAUUAUGACCGACAGGGCAACGGGCUCGUGGCCCGGUGGGUAGAGGCGUGGACUUCUAAACCAACAGGUCGCGAGUUCGAGGCUCGGGUGUUCCACACUUCGGGCUUGGGUAUGGCUGGCUGCAACGGCUAAUAAGCCAGAAAUGGCCAUUCCAGUCUCCCUUGUCUUUGUCGGUAAUGCCAAUCUGCCAAUGUUAGUAUUUUUUACGGUGCGCUAAGCCAAUAACGCCUGCCAGAAACCGAAAUGGUCCCCGUGUUGGUCCCGCGCAUCUAUCACAUGGCUCCUUUGGGGGUCACAGCUUAGGUGUUUUUAGGAUGGAUGGGCAUUUUCGUGAUUCAUUUACCACUUGAAGGAAUAGCGUCGAGUUUCUGGGCUCGCGACAUAGUCUGCCUCAUUUACGGUUUUGUGGGAACCACCAUGCCCAAGGCGGCUUAUGCACGUUCCGUUGAACAGAUUAACAAAUGUAUCCCACAUUAGGGUCUCGAACAUUGCUUUUUCAUGAUUGUUUCAUGAAAAGCUCCCCAAAACAGGCACUCAUUUGGCAUUUACGUACUAAUCGAUGGGAAGUUAAGUUUUCUGAUCAACUAGAAUCAGGUAUAUGGCGCAGUCAUUUCAACUUUGGGAAGUAGAUUGGGGCUGCGAGGUUAGAAUACAAUCAGAUUUGACUAGUAACCCCCACUUACACACCGUCUCCUCUUAAUCGCUAUACACUACUUUCUGGAAUGACCUCCGUUGUCUUUUUUGUUAAUGAAAUUUUCCAGCCUGCAUGCACACAUCACAUGAUAGGACGGAUAUGAGGCGAUAACACAGGUCCUUGACCACACCUGAGCACAAAACGAAUCUAAGGUGUGCUUGCUAAAAAGUCAGGUAGAACUGUACUCGAUAAUUUUUUAAAACUGGUAGCAAUAGCCAUCUUUAAAUGAAGGGAAUGUCGGAUGUCUUGGCGAAUGCACCCUCCCUCCUCAGUAGUAAGAACUUCAGAAGUCUCGACGGGUAGGGCUAUACGGGUGCGAAUCAGGGAACAUGUGAUCUGCACACGAAGUGAAUAUAAGGGGUGGUAAGGGUUUCAUUGCUUAGUUCUCUGAGGCAGGCAGAGCAAUCGGUAGCUCAUCCGCCAAAAAGAUAAACGUCCAUCACUGUCUCAUAAUGUUGGAACUGCAGCAAUGACUUGCAACGCACCUAACUCUCUCUCACCCACCACUGCCCCUUGCUCCGCUGACAGAACAAAGUCUAGACGACCGAAGGUGAGUGCAGACGCACCCAAACACAACCUUAUUCCAGUUCCUAUGCCAGGUUGCCAUUGUAGGAAGACGAUUGUGGCAUGUGCAUAGGCAUUAAAAGAGAAGAUGAAGGGGCUUUUCUUUUUGGUGUCUGACAGGUUGUUCAUUGCUGUAAAGACAUUCGGGAUUAGUUCGUCAUGACAGCCGAUUUGGCCAGCGUCAUUUUGCCGGGCCGUAGCCAUCGGUGGGAUUGUUUAGUCUUAGACUCAACUUUUCAUGUCUGUGCUGUGUUUGGGGCUGCUAUGACAGCAUGUAGAUCCUCGGGUUUCCAUUUUCACGGUAGCAUGUUAUCGCUGGUAUGACCACCGACAUAAGUAGUGAAGGAACGAGGGCACCUAAUAUGGUAGGUCACUUCGGUCGCGCCCCUAGGCGACAGGUGGCAUGUGAGUCGCAUGGGCAAAAGACGUAAUUACCUCCGGUUGCUAUGGUAACAACACGUCGGCCGUGGUUUUUUAGGUCUUUAUGAGAGAGGGAGGUAAUCCAAGUAGGCUUCACAUUCGUCUCGGCCGCGGCGAUUGCGCGCUUGUUUACGACAAUUUUGUUUACCAGGAAUUUCCUGAACUCAGAGCAUACUGUUCUACCACUGCUCCACUUUAUUGUGGCUGUGCACAUUCUCGGCCAUGGCCGGGCGCGACCGUCCGACUGUGGCAAGAAAAGAGAGGCCCGAAGCGACCUUUGUCGACAGCACUAAAAGUCAUCGAUUCAUACUGUGAAUUCUCAUCCCUCAAGGUCACCUUGCCUUGCGAGUACCUUCGUCUUAUUUACCCUUCUCAAAAAAGUGCCCGCUUAUAAUUCCUCCUUAUGCUUUGUGAACCGCGCUUAUAAACUGUGUAAAAUAUAAAAGGGGGCGUAUUCUGAAGCAGUCGCUCAAAACCUGCGUCCUUUCACUGCAUGCUGCCAAGUGGGUUUCUUGCCUUAGUGGGACUCGUCAUUCGUUCGCAGUCCUUGGCAUUGCCUCGUGGUUUUCAUGCUGAGAAUAAAAUUAUAAAAUUAUUGUCAGUGUAACAGUGAACCUGCUUUAAUGUACGGUCCGUGACUUAACUCUUAAAAUAUGUUGAGAUUUGCGAAUGAUUUUUUUAGUCACUAUCAAACCGAUAUCAGUGAGUGGAGCCAACAUCUAUGCUAAUAAACAAAAACUUCGAAGGAAGUAAAAACAUAAGAGAAAUAUUCAAAACAAUGUUACGUUGUUUAGAAAUACAAUUUUUUAGAAAAGCGAAAAAUCCCGAAAACGUCAAAACUGUUUGUAAUUUUGUGAACUUCACUUUCAUAUGUACUGAAUGCUGUCCACGCAAUAACGGAGUAAAUAGGACAGCAAAAAUAGAAUAACGUUUAAAAAUGACAUUUUAGUAAAGUUCUCAUUUAAAUGUCCUUUAAGAAAUAGUGUAACUUCAGGUGUGGUGGAUUGCUGACAGCCGACAUUUGGAGUAUAGAUUCCAAAACGGUUACCCAAGGAUUUGUGGUAUUCUUUACGUUUUUGAAUUGAUUGGGAUGCAGUUCGAUAAAGCAAAUAGGUUUUGCCUAACUUCGCCGAUAGGGACGUCAUAAGAACGAAAGGUUUUACUAGAGCAGAUGUUGCCAGGCAGAUAAAUGACUAAUAAAUUCGAAUAGAACUGACAAGUGUAAUCGUGAACAUACAUUUUUUCGCACCUAAAGAGAUCUUUUCUCUCGUGAAACUUAUUCGCGCCUUUCCUUCAUUCUGUAUCACGUCGGAUUUAACACCGACCUUGAGAUAUCGCUGAAAACUUUAUGAUUUUCAAUUUCUUAUUCGAUCGUUCAUAAAGACAGAUUCUGCACUAUCCAUUUGUUAAAACCCUAAAAAUAAAGUACCUCAAGUAAUUAGGCGCUCUUUUUCGCGUAGGGUAGAAUUCAAAGCUUUAAAAAACCCUUUUUUGAGAUUUUGGAGUUCGAUAGAUAAUUGUCCUGCGACGACACCCAUGUGAACUUUGAAAAAGACAGAGCCGACAAACGUGCGUUUUCGACUAUUGACCACCAGGCCAGCGCACCAAUAUAAGAUAUAGUGGAACUGCGAAAGAUGAAAACAGCCAAUAAACGAUAUUAGUGGGGAAGGGACGUUUGAGGAUACCUGGACAUAAUUGAACCGGGAAGGGUGGAAUUAUGGUCUAGUUCUGUCAGAGAGCAGGGAGAGAAUGAGACUGUUACUUGAUAUUUUUGUACAUUUUCAAUGUAACGAGACGCUUUAGGAUGCAAAUAAGAACAUUUAGGGGUCAACUUAGGCCAUGGCAGCUUGAGGGUUUGAACGAACGUCUUCCAUGAGCAUAAGAUUGGGUUGGCUAGCUAUAUGGCCACCGUCCCUACCGUCACAAAGUAUCUGCUAGAGCAAAAAUUCGGGGCGUCUCGCCGGGACUCGAAAAUCCUGCCUGAAGACUACCCAGUCGUCACGAAACGGGUCAAGCUUUAGAUGCGCGAGACCACAACGGGAGGUCAGACUGUGGGCAUAUCACGCCUUAACCAGGCUUCACAGUCCGCUCAGCACAUAACAAAUGCCACACACACACACAGGCGGAAAUGGCGGUACGCCUAGGCGCAGUCCCACGCCUGGCCAUCAUACGGCUGACCGAUUAGGACCGCGGACUGCGAGGAAGAGAGCGAGUGAGGUCGACUCUAGGGUCUCCGCGUCCGCAUGGGACUUCAGCACAAAUCCCUUGUUAUAAACAAUGUGACGCAAAAAGCCGAGACUUGAAAGGAUAAUUCUGUCCCCCCCCCCUCAGGACGGAGAUUCAGGCUCUUAAUAUGGCCUCUGAGAUACUCUCGAUCGGAUGGAGCCUAAGUCGUCCACCAGUCUUCCCCUUAACCUAGACCAGGUCGUGUGUUGCACGCGUAGACCAGUUUUUGUCAGCCCCUGUCCUCAGGCCCUAUCGACACCGGAUCUUGAUGAAGAGAGAGUGCGGUAGACGCUGCACAAGUCUGCUAUCGUUUUAAAUUAAUUCGCACGCGAGCCACUUGUACUGCGCUCAAUGUAUUGUGGGGCACACGGGGGAUAUCGUCGUUCUCGACGGCCAGAGUGCGGCCCGUGUUAACUAGGUGAAAUGUUGUCCUAGAGACAGAAGAGAGGGAGUUCUGGUAUCUAUUUAAUAUUGACCAUACGGUUAACGACCAUCCUACUGUGGCCCGUUUGAAGUUGUCCUAAGUCGCAGAUAGGACCAUGAUCAAUCAAAGUACUGCUCCUGUGAGGGGUUUUGACGUUCAUUAAUAGAGGCAAUUUCAAAUACGACAUCUCCGGGUAUGAAAAGCUAUGCAGCCUAUUGUCAAAGUCAUGAAAAGCUGGUAGAUCUGUCGUUUUCCUAGCCAAUUCCGGAGACAGAAUGUCUUAAUAUUGUCUACCGUCGGUGUAAAGAAUAACUUAGGGAUUGGUUGAGAAGCACUGAUUUUGAGCGUCUUCUUAUUGGUCACCUGAGUUCUGACAACGUACAGCGCGGACUCCGAAGACUGUUCAUCGUCGGUGAACUACCUCGCGAGCGUCGGUUUGAUGAGACCAGAUAAGACAGUAUUAUUGGGAAUCUCCCUCCUCCUUCUCCCCCGGCCAAACUUCACACUGUACCAGACAGGGGGUCAUUCAACUCAUAUGCGGUUUGAUUGACAAGAAUGCGGUGGGCUUUGACGGUUAUAAUUCAGGUUGAAACCCUUCAGUCCUGGAGGAUAGAUUUGAAUGGUCGUUUCUGACUUUCCGGUCACAGGGACUCAAGAUUUAAUCUCGGAUGAAGUCGGCUACUGAACUUAACGCUCUGCUAGUUGAGGUGGGAAUUAACGCUCCAACGAUUUCUACCAACAGUUUCCAUGGUCACGCACGGCUUGCGUCCACUUCACUGUCUUAGUUGUAGGUUGGGUCUGUUUCAUUGAAUUUUGUGUUAAACCUGGCACACUCGCGGGACGCCACGCAGGAUAGGAAGCCAAUAACCGAUUUGAAGCCCACUCUAACGUUGUUUUUUUCGUUUUAUCACAGGGUUGGAUAUGCGAUUUAUUCACGCUCUUCAAAUGUUAAUCGAUGCAAUCAUUAGAAACCAUUUUCGUCAAGUUUAGCAGGUUUUAUUGAACGCAAAAAACGUAAUGCGUAAAUCUAACUAAGUUAUCUUAAUUCUAUUUCACUAAAAGUUGAAAGCGUUAUCGAAACGAAAUUCUGUUUCCGCAAAAAAAGUCAGUCAAGCUGAUUGUACCGUGGAAUUAUGGGUAGAAUAAUCUGCUAAUAUGUCUAUUUUCUCGCAUCGAACUGUCAUCGACGUCUAAUAGGCUCAGGUUUAAAAAGCCCUUGUUCAAAGUAAUCCUCAGAUAUUUUAUGCUUUGCGAAUCCUGGUCAAGAGAACUGCCUGAACCAGCAUAUCGCAGUUUUUUAAUGCUGCAAUGCAGAAUAUCUUGCUGUGAUUAUACGAACCUCACGCCAACAAUUCGACGCGAUUCUUUUUUUGUAGGAAAAGGCUGAGCUCUUGGCAGCAAGCAGUCAAGAAGCUCACGUUUUACAAAAUGAGAUCAGUAUGUGCCGACAGCGAGAAGCGGAUAUCCUUCUCGCCUACGAGGAACUUCUACACAGGGUCGAGUCGAUCGAUAACAUCAUACAGGAGGUUAGACUUGUGAUAACUUAAUACUACUUGAUAAUUGUGAGUAAACGGUUUUUAUAAAGUUUCCUUACACGUCAGGUGCCUUGGCUGGAGGUGCUAUUCAACUCCAACGAGCCGAUAUCAGCUUGCAUGCAGAAGCUGAAAGCUGCGACUCCUGUAGAAUGCAGGCUCUCCACCAAUGACAUCACCCCCCACCUGUCUCCAACCCACCGUCCAAGCAUGGUUCAUCGGCCAGACGACUACCGCUGGUCACGCGGGGAAGAAGAAAGACCAAUUAGGAAAUUCCACCGCUCCGGCAGUGAUUCGCCCCUGAGUGACAGCGGCUGCACCUCAGAGAGUCACGACGAACUCUCUCUGGCUUCACUCACAUCUGCUCACAGCAGCCCCUACCUGCGUCUCAGCGCAUACGACCAGGCUACUGCGAAAGAGCCCGCCCCAGUCUGUCGCCCAACCAACCUGAGUCGUAGCAAAUCGAUCGCCAAUCCUUUCAACCUGCCGACGGAAGCAGCACCCUGUGUCUGCCAGAAGGACGGUAAGGUGAAUCAGGCCUCCGGGGCUGUACGGUUGCGGACCCAACGGGAGAAAGCUGCAGCGGAACGGCCAGCCACGACAUUUGGAAGGAUAACUGACUCCCUGCGCAAAUCCAUCACCAAGUUUGCGGACAAGUCUGAGUGGAAAACGGAGGCCCUCAAGUCUCAGCAUCGGGAAGCGAGGACGUUGAUCCUGUUAAACGAAACUCAAGCCGAGGUAAUUUCUCCCCCACCUCCUAAGAAGAGCCUUUUAUUGCCUGUAGGAGCGAAGAGGCGAGUUCCAGGCGACAGUCCAGAAGAGGGAUCGAUAGAAGGAAUAAUUUAGCUGGCCUGACGGUAGGGAUCGUUAAUGUGCCCCUCUCGAAAAUAGAAGCGUCCUCUUUACUAUCGCGAGAUAGGCUCCAUUCUAUCCUGUCAUAAACCUAACCUUAACUCUAACCCUACCAAGAAUACGCCUAGGUGCAGGUCUGCGUCGCGCCGGUCACCGGCGUCCUCUUUUUCUUCCGGUCUUCUUUUUCUCCUAAUGGAGGAGAAGGAGUGAAUGCAGAAGAUUCAGCGCAGUCGAUUAGCACAUUAAACUAAUCCACGCACAUGUCACCGUCCCUGCUAUCACCCUACCGUGGAGCACACGGUGGACAUCGCCGAAACCGGUGGACAUCAUUGGCAAUGACGGUCGAAAGUUUCUCGUUGACAGGGACCACGUGUUACGAAGAACGUAGACAGAGAUUCAAAAAUGAAUUAUGACGACCCCUUGGCGUCUCUAUAACGCAAUGUCUGGACCAUCUACAGGGAGUGGAGGGUGCACCAAUAAGCCUUUGCUUCUACGUUGACCUUGAACUGUCCAAUAGGAUUCAACUUAACCCAGUUUUCUCGUUUUUUAUUCCCCCUGUAUCUUUGCAUCCCAUUAGUUGCGGAAAGUAGAGGCGCGAUGUUGUGGCUUGAAGCGCCAGAACGACCAACAGGAGGCUCGAAUGGCAAUUCGAGGAGAGGAGAUUGAACGACUGACGGACACGGAACGUCAGCUGCGUCGGGAACUACGCAACUGGCAACAGCGCGUCUUCGAACUGGAGGCAGAGGUUUGUUCAGACAGUUGGAUCAGAUGCAAAAAUAACUCAUCUUCAUGACAAAAGGCUUCUAGAAUGACCCUUGUUUGCUGAAAAUUCAACCUCCGUUAAUGGCUUAUUUAGACCAAACACUUCCUAAAUUUGCUUGUAGAAUUUUUCAACGUCGUCCUUAGAGUGUCUUCAAACACCAUUUAUUCGUCUAGCUUCAGAGGUAUUCCGUGCAUGCAAUCACGCUCUCUCUCUAGGAUUCCUGAUAUCGGCGCCUGUGUUCGAUUAUAUUUAAAAGUAACGGAGACAGUUGUCGUCAGAACUUAGAAAUUGCCAUCAACUCUCGAGAGUGGUUCCCCCUGUAUGGAAUAACUGGAGGAUGGCAUAUGAAAUUCCUUUUUGAUUCGGAUGUUUGUCUACAACCAUCCCAGAGAUUCGCAUAGUGAGGAAGAACCAACAAUCAAUCAAUAUUUACGAUAAAGACAGGGAGGACCGGAAUGGCUACCUCUAUCGUUUGUUGUAACACCCCAUUCGCAGACGAGAUACAGUGAUCCUAUGGCUCACCUGCUAGGCCUUCCAUUGGAUAAACAAAUCCGACCUGGUUUCCAGUCCAAGCUCUUCUAGAGCCUCUGGCAGCCUGAUGAGAGCUGGUAGAUCGGAAGUGGAAACUGGAAAUCUCCUUAGAUUUCCUGCAAUUCCUCCUAUUAAAAAAUCUGUCGGGCAUCUUUUUGAGUGGGAAAGAAACAAUAUGAUCAUAUAUUUUUUUAUCAGAUCUUGCGAUUAUCUUCGGGGCUUUAUCUUUCACAGACACAGGAGAUAAAAAGGAACAGUCAGAUUGCUGAGCUCGAGAUGAAGAGUCGACUGCUGGAGGCUAACAUGCGGCUUUCUGAGAUGGAGCAACUGCUGCAGCAGAACUCAACGCUUUCCCAAAUCAUACACGGUUCGCCCUCGCUACACUCCUCUGACAAAUCAGGUCUGGCAACGCCACAGCUUGGCCAGUCAUUCACUGAGUCGGUCGAAUCCUAUAAGCCGCCUAAAUCCGUUCGGCUUCUUGAAUCAAACGGAGCAUCUUUUGCAAAACCCACCCUAGGACAUCGCUUUGCCUCAACCCUAAGUUUAAACAGUACCGGCGACCCCGACCGGCUGCAGGCGCGGACCCGGCAGGUACGGCAAUCUAGUUCUCACAUAUAUGCUUACUGACAUAGUUUCAGUAGGUCCUAUUUACAAUGCACUGUAAUUGUUGUAGGCAAUCGCACGGCACGCCUCCAGCCAGCAAAUUAAUCGUCGAGGUGAACGAGCGAGGAACGUGACCUUUAGCGAGACUACUCGUCACUCCGCGGCACCCCUUAACUUACACACCACUUCCUUCGGUUCCCUAAGCGAACUCCAGCUUAAGGCCGACGUCUAA